AUGCCACCAGCCAAGUCUCAAGGUAGAACAAACGCCCCAAAAAGAAAGACAGACACAGCACAAAAAGGACGUCAACAGAAAAAUGAUACAAGAGAUGAGUCUAAAAUUUCUCAGUCCCCAUCUAGAGUUCCCAAUGGGAAACGAAAAGUUAGAGGGACUUCACCUGCUGCAGAGGACAGGAAAGCAAAUGAAGUCAAGACAAGUAACAGGAGUAAAGUGGAAACGAGGAAAAAGGCAGAAACAGACCCAAAUGUGUCACAGAAACAGGCCGGGAGAACUGUAAGAAACAGAACACCUGCUAAAGUCAGACCAUCCCAAAAUGAGAGAGACAGAGGCGUAAACACGACAAACAAGCCCAAAGUGCCACCACAAGGCUCCCAAACCACACCGAAGAGGCACAACAACAACAACAAGCCCCAGGGUAAAAAGAAAAGUGACAAAGUGACAGAGAGUGAGGAGGAUGAGGAAUCAGAGAGCGAUGCAGGAAGCUCAGCGGAGGUGACGGAAGACGACACGAGUAACGAUGAGAAGGAGGAUGAGCCGAGCAGUAACAAAGAGCCGACGGAGACGCAGGGGAGCGAGGAGAGCAGCGAGGAGGAAGCUGAGGAGUCGGAUACACGAAGAGACACAGAGCAGACGGCGAACGAGGAGUCAGACAAAGAGGUUUCAGAGGAAGCCGAGUCAAGAAAGGGAUCUGAGGUGGAAUCAGUCAGAUCAAGUGAAGACGAAGAAGACGAGGAGGUAAACAAAAAGGAAGACGCGGAAUCUGAGGCAACAAGUAGUGAUGGGAGUGACGACAAAGAAGUAACCCAAGUGGUCAAGUCCCGAAGGCCACCGCGUAAAACCAGCAGACCCGUCAAACGAACACAAGCUCCUCCAAAGCCUGUGCAAGAACCAGAGGUCAAGAUGGUUAGAAAAACAAAGGAAGAGAAGCAAGCAGAGAAAGCUGAGAGACAGAGGGCCAAAGCCGAGAAGCAGCGGCUACAGAAGGAAGCCAAAGAGAGAGCCAAAGAGGAAAAAAGAAACAAAAAGAAGCAAAAAAAAGAAGGCAAACCAUGUCCUGCAGCAGAGGAGGUCCAACCACACACUGCAGAGGAUGAGGACCAGUCAACAAAUGCUCCUGCAGAGGGGGAUCUGGAUGAGGAAGAGGAGGAGACUCAACCAACACUGAGCAAAGCCCUUAAAGGCCAAAACCGAAUCAUGCUUCUGAAAAACAAAGGGAAAGAUCUGAAAGCCUUUCUGGAGCCUGAGGAGCAGCAGAGCUCGCUGUUGGGGAAAGUGAAGAUAACCUCCUCGAAACAAAAAGCGAACAAGCUGUUAGGUGAGGAAACGGAGGGCGAGGUCGUUGAUGGUGGCUCGAACAAACUUAAGGAACGUUUGGUAGCGCAAAAAAAAGGUAUGAGCACCCUCCACAGGAUGUCCGGUUGGAUUCAUAAGAACAUGCCACGAGGUUUAAACCUCAGAAAGAAGCUCUCUGCUUGGACUAGAGCCAUCAGCAUCUCACACUGGCUGUCUCUUCGUGGGAUAAAACAGAAACAAGGUCCCAGAAAAUCCAAAGGCAGCAUCCUCAAACACAGGAUGGCCAUGAGAGUCGCCAGUAAAACCAACUUGGCGGGUAAGAAAAGUCGAGGCAAGGCGGGAGAGGGAGGGAAAGAAACAGACCAAGCUGGGGAGAAAGAGGUGGAGGCCAAAUACGCUGUGGUGCUGCCCAGGAUGAACAAACUGGGCAAGGAAGUGACGGUCGAGGCGUCCCAGGUAGCUCAAUCAAGUACUGCCGUAUCACAAGAAGCCACAACAUCAGAGCCAAAACCCCCAAAACCAGGCGCCAGGCUGGUGCUCCCUGUCAAACCAGAUCUCAGCCUCUUGAAGUCCAUCAAGAAGCCCCUACCUGGAGGGUUAUUAUCGGGGUUAGAUAUUGCAGGAAGGAGCUCUGGAUCUGGCACUGCACAAGAAGAACCCUCCAACACUGACGGUAGAAACGUGCAGUCUAUCCUUGGGAAUCAAGAUGGAGUCAGUGUCUUACAGGCUGCAAGAUUGAAGCUGGACCCCUCCCAGAUCAACCUGUCCAAGAUCUCCUUGUCAGGAGGAGUUUUAGGUGGUGGACGGACUCGGGCUAAAGGUCCAGAACCAGAUAGAGAGGCAACACCAGCAAUACCGAUGUCCCCUACUCAGCCGUUUAUGAAUGGGGGGGCAAGUACAGGUGUGGCAGGUCCUCGGUCCCUGUACGAAGAAGAGGCGGACAGAGAAGUGGCCCAGUUAAUGGGUGAGGGGGGGAUUUAUGGUAUUCCCCAACCAGAGGUGCACUGGGCUGGAAACCCACGCAUGAGCGGAAACCCUCAGGUAUGUGUGGAUAGACGAGAUCGUCUGAGUAUGAAACUUUUUUAUCACUCCACAAGUCUGAGAAAACAGCUGCAGAGGAGGCUCCUCGAGUGCUUACAGAAGGACAGAUUUAGGUUGAAUGUGUCCAUGUAGAUUCUCAUUCAUCCAGGUCAUGGUAAUCUCCAAGACUCCAGAAGACUCCAAAAUCAGGCAACUGGACACUCCAGUUGCCUGAUUUUGGAGUCUUCCAGGUUGAGGUUGAAUAAGUAGACCCUUUCUCACAUGAAGUCUGUUAAGUAACUUCAGGACUCUCAGGGCCUGAUCUUCAUGGGUUUCAAGUGAUGCCACACAGCACUGUCAUUGCCAUCUUUGGGACCAAACUGGGACAGGACAUCGAUAAGUGCUAUCUACUAUACUGUGGAUAACAGAGAAUAUUUUUUAGUGCCGUUCAAUAGGGGAAGAAGAAUUUCAAUAUUUUAGUUGUAAAAUAAUAACCACAAAUUUUAUGGCAUUUUUUUCCAAAUUCAAUAAUCGAUCUCUGCUAUAUCUGGUCCAGGACUGGCUACGUGCUGAGAACUUGCUGCCCCACCAGACGGUGGAGAAGCUUACCAAGUGGACAGUCUAUGAUGACGACGGCCAGGCGAGGACUGUUCCUGCAGACAACGGCAGGGGUCCCUGGGAAUCAGAAGACCCCACCCAGGAUAUGCUGGAGAGUCGACUAGUCAGCACACAGGUAUUGAUAGGCAGUUACACAAGAACUUGAUAUCUGAUUUUCUGUCAGCUGACCAACAGAGCUCUUGAUGUUCCUUAAGCUGAUCAUUUUCAUAUCAUGUGCACAAGUUAUAAAACUUUGCUAAUGUUGCAGUGGUCAUAAUUCCACCUGCCAUUAGCUACCGUCAUUGGUUACCUUCGGACUGGUAUUUUAUGAGAAAUAUAAGCAACCUCAGCGGGCAGAUUUGAAGAGCUUACUUCAGGUUGUGCGUUUUUGUCAUUUGUCUCGCAAAGACAUGCCAUAAAACAUGUUUUGUUGCUGAAAAGUUUUAUUUACCGAUUUAGCGCCAUUUGCAUGGGUUAUUCACACAUCUGUGAUGGCAUUAUUAAUGAUGAACAAUUUCUGGAGCAACAUAUGCUGCCAUCCAGACCAUCAUUUUUUAAUGACCUUGCAUAUUUCAGCAAAAUGUUGCCAAACCAUGUUCUGUAUGUUCAACAACAGUGCGGCUCCCUAGUAGAAGAGUCCUGGUGCCAAACUGGGCUGCAUACGGUCUUGACUUGACUCAACAGUUAAAAUCCCACUCCGAUCAUUUUUUUUUACUACUUAAAGUGUUCUCAGUGGUCUUGAAGUUUUUAGCCAAAAUUGCGUUACCUGUGUCAUUUUUAAGGCUUUUCUUCUGUAAUGCUCCAGUAGAUCAUUAGCAAUUCGCCUCUGAGUCGUGGGUGAAGACAGCGCUGCUCUGCACACUCGUCUUCACAUUAGCUUGCAGUCUAACAUUGCCUGUGUAGUAGAAGUGGCAGGUAACAUAGGAGCUAUUCAGCUCUCGGACACUAAUGUCUUUAAGGACACAAUUAAAGUUAAUAUCAUAAUUACCUUUCUUACAAGCAUUGCCAGAGAUUUACAGCGAUUUGAAUUCAGAAAUACUGAGAAAAAAAUUUCACAUUUAGUUUUCUCAUGAUAUGUCCUGUAGCAUCAGAAAAAUGCCAAUUGAACAUGUAAAAAACAAGAAAAACUUGAUUUUCAUUGGAGUGGGUCUUUAAAUACAUGUCUUUUUUGGCUCUGUAAUUACCAGGCUGUUCUCCAUAACUUCACAAUAAUGCCCUAACAUUUACAACUUGUUAUAUUAUCAGGGAGAAUUGUCCCACAGCUGAAGGGGGAACUUUACCUUUAGUUGAGAAAUGUGAAACAGAGGUUGUGUAAAGGCAAAGGGUUGGAGUGUUGGUAUAUCAGCUGUACUUCAUCACUUAUUGCCUCUGUGCACGCAAGACAAAAGGACAUAAAAGGCUUGCUGCUGGUUUAUUUAUUUCCUAGUCUGUAGUGAUAAUAGAGCAUACAACACAGCGCAGCACACUGGUAUGAGAUUGCAGUAUAUCAGCUAUCACACUGCUGCAUGUGGAUUGGUUACCUGCUGUGAAAAGGUUAUGAGUGGACCAUCAGUAGCGGGAAGUACAGCAACAAAACAACAAAACACAUCUUGCACAAAGGGUCGUGGAAGAGACUAAAAACUGAUUCAGUUCAACAUCAGAGAAAGUAGAAAUGUUUAUAGAGAAGGUAAGAGCUGUCUGAAACUUCAGCUCCUCCUGACUGGAGAGGCGGCCUUUAAUUUUGACUCUUGUUUUGCUCGUGUCUUUCAGGUGGUGAUGCCCGGAAGCCACAGGGCUGUAGAGGUGGAUGAGGUGGAGGAUCUGUCUCAGCUGGAGUGAGUUCACGCACUAAGACACACACUCAUUCAGUACCUGCAGUAAAGUACACAAACUUUAAAUUUGACCCUGUUUUCUGAUGUUCUCAGAGAAGUGUGUGAGAGCUCAGUGCUCCUGAAUCUGAAGAAGAGGUUCCAGCGUGACUGUAUUUACGUAAGUUUCAUUUCAGAUGACGCACUUUUACUGGAGGAAUUUAGACGUAUACUUAUAAUUUUAUUAGGUAAAGGUUAAUGGAAAUGUGAUACACACUAGAGGUGGGAAUCACUAGUGACCUCACAAUACGAUAUUAUCAUGAUACUUUGGCCAUGAUAAGUUAUUAUUGCGAUUUAAACAUUUUUAGAUACAGUGAGUAUUGCAGUACCAUAUAUUUGGAUUCAUACAAUUUUUCAACUGUUUAGCUUAUUUAGUAUUUGUCUUUGCUUUAAGUUUCUAUUUUUAAUGCAAUAUUUUAUUUUGAUGGAGCGCUCCUUGCAAACCUCAUAUGUCGUGUCCAUCCCAUUUGUGCCCUGCUUUCAUUCCUAAUGGUCCUCCCUAGGUGCUGUAGAUCGUACUAACUGUUUCCUGCUCUAUGAUGUCACCUCCGCCAGCCUCAUUGGACAAACAACUGAUUUUAUUUUUCCAUUUCCAUAGACUUGAGUUUAUAUUAGCAAUUAAUUUGAAAAAAUUGAUACUUGGUGGAUGAGACGAAACAAUAUAUCACCAGACAAAAUAUCGCAAUACUUUGUUGUAUCGAUUUAUUAUGGCCCAACAAAUUAAUGAUAAUGAUAUUAUAGUGUUUUUUAUAGGAAAAUCAGAGAUAUGCCAGUUCUUUUCAUAUUUAUUUAGUUAGCUGACCUGAGACCUUUGCGCUCUCUUUCACUUCUUAGAUAGUUGACACAUAACAAGCUGGAGAGAGAAUACUUUCAAAUUCAACAUGAUGAACACUUGGCUUUGAGAAUCCAACAAAUAACCUCAUUUUAUAUUUCCCAUCCCAAGCCUAUUGAAAACAACAUACUCUUUUUAUCAUGAUGAAACUUUCAGGAUGAUUGAGGUGAGGAUGAAGUGAACAGUUUGGGGUUGUCCCCCUCUUUUUGCAGUCACUCCUGUUGUGCAUUUACUGCAGACUGGAGUGUCCUUUAACGCCACUUCUUUUUUUGCAAAACUUUAAAAACCCUCAAACACAAAUCAGUACCAUCAAUAUCAAUUUGUUCUGGCACUAUUUCAGAGCAAAGACAGAUUUUGAGCUUAAAAACAGCACUGGAUUUUGCUUUUGUAUCGACAGGCCAACUUCGCUUUAGGACACUCUCAAUUAGAAGUAGCAGGAGUAUGACUUCAGAUGCAUUGUAGCUGUUGAGUCGAUCUGGUUCAUCAAAGUCACGUGUAUGAAUGUAUAAAAUGACCAUUACUCAGAUUCAUAUGCGUUAAAAUGCAGUAAUCACUUUUUAUUAUGCUGAAAUGACUGAAUUUCAGCUUGACUUACAUCCAUUUACAUUCAUAAGGGUAAAUAAGGCGUGAAUGUGCUCAACAAAAUAAAUCUUAUUUAACAGUGACUGCAUAGAAAUUAUUGACAGUGUGCAUCCAUUUCCCUCUGUUGUUUAAAAGAAGUAGCUAAAGUACCCUCACUAUAGGAACAGACAUAUGUAACCCUAGAAGGUGGACUUACAACAUUUAAGUCCCACCCUUUUGUUUGUGAACUGAGCUGUCAAUCAUGACAUCACAUCCCUUCUUCGUGGCAUUAGAUUUUUAAAAAUAAAUCAAUAAAUAAAUCAAAAAGUUGUAUCAACAUGAAUUUUAACUUGAAAAGUUUAACCCAUAUCCUGUUUUAUAACAUGAACCAGGCUGGCUUUAUUCCCUUCAUCAGGCGUAGCUCUUAAUAUUUUGGUUUCACCAUCAGGGAGUCACUGUGCCAUCCAUGCCUUCAGUGUGUGAUUAAAGCAAGGAGAACAGUGAUCUGAGAUACAUUUAUCAUUUCUGAAGCUGAUGCUUGUAUUUGAGAAUAUUAAGUCUUAAAAGAAUUAAAUCAAAUGAGAAACAGGCUCAUUUUCAUGUAGAGUUCAGUAGAUUCAUAACUGUAAUUACUGUCAUUGUUAUCACCUGCUGCUGACCAAACAUCGAUCUUUGUGUCAGGUGUGUAUAUUCUCCAAACACCUGUGUCAUUUUCUCUGUUCUCAGACUUACAUUGGAAACAUGCUGCUUUCCAUUAACCCCUUCAAGCCUUUGAACAUCUACACAGAGGAGAUGAGAAUGAAAUACCAGGGAAGAGAGCAGCAGAGAAACCCACCGUGAGGACCCCCUUUUACACACACAGCAGUGACCUGCUCUGUUAGUACUCAUGGUUUUAUCACACCUGAAGGUUCCAGUCUCAUCUUUAUUAAUCUGUUGAUAUUCUUCAGACAUGUGUAUGCUGUAGCUGACGCUGCUUUCAGUCAGUCUCAAGCCUCGACACAGGAGCAGUGUAUCAUCAUCAGGUAUGAAAGAUUACACACUCUUCUUCAGUUUUACCAACCACUACUUGCCUAUGCAAAAAAAUAGAGAAAUACAGAAAGGAGAAAAAUGUGGAGGGAGAGCAGAGGAUGCUAAACCAGGGCAAAAUGCUUGUCAGGAAAUCAGUUCGUCGAGAGCCAGAAUACACUGUUCGCUCUACCUCUUCCUACAUCUGCACUUUCAAGAAGGAAAAGGAGAGAGAUGGCAGCAGAAUGAGUUAUGAAUGUGUAGAGAUUUUGAAGAAAAAAAGACAUGGAAGAAAGAGCUGUUUUGGUUAGAGCUUCUUUUAUGAAGGACAAGGGCAAAGUAAUAUUUGGUAUGAGUCUGAUGAGAAAUUUUGGAAAAGAAAAAGUGAAGAAGAAAAAGAAGAAGAAAAAGAAGGGGGAGACCUGUCUCUCUUUUCACUACUUUUGUUUUUGAACUUAAAUAACUGUUAAUGACAUUGAUCUGAUAAAAUGCCAUGCUGUUGGAUGCCAUAGGGUUAACAGUGUCUAACAUAAACCACAGCAGCUUUGGUUUUCAAGAUGACAAGGAUUUGGAAAAAUCUAUUUUAUAUUCAUUUAGCUUCGCUUUGAUUUUUAGUGGACAGAGCGGUUCAGGGAAGACUGAAGCCACCAAGCUGAUAGUCCACUACCUGAGCUCCAUGUAUCAGGGACUAAAUGACAACCUGAGACAGGUAAAUAAUCAAAGUUUAUCAGUCAGGAUCUGUUUCUUUAUGUCUCUGAUUGCUUAUGUCUCCCCCGCGACCAGCCUAUGGAGGUCUUUCCCAUCCUUGAGAGUUUUGGAAAUGCCAAGACCAUCCUUAACAACAACUCCAGCCGUUUUGGAAAGUACCUCCACGUCCACAUCCUCCAGUAAGUUCUUAUGGCUGCCUUUUCACAAAUAUGAGUAGUUGGUUUAUUUGUUGACCCUCAUUCAUCUUGGUCAACAGUGGGAUUGUUGUGGGGACGUCAUUGUCAAAGUACCUCCUUGAGAAGUCCAGGGUUGUCUUUCAGGUGAGAACACUGAGUGAAGUGUGCUGUGUGCAGACCUUAUGGAGGAGUCCAUGGGUCCAGAUUUGUCUCACAGACCCUCCUGACUGAUGAAACUGAUUGUUGGAAAAUACCCAAAGCUCUUCUCGUGGUUGCAUGGUCUGGCUUCUUUGGAAAUGAAUAAUUUGCUGGUCCAACUUUACAAACAUUAAGAGAGGUUAAGAAUGCUUGGUGUGUCACUGACUGUGGUUUUGGGCUGAAAUAUCUUUUUAAAUAUUAAAGUCCCACUCCAAUCAUUUAUUUCUUACCACUUGGAGUGUUCUCAGUAGUGUUUAUAUUGUGAUUAUAAAGUUUUUAACCAAAAUUGCAUUACCUGUGUCAUUUUCAAGGGCUUUUUUUUCUGCAGACCUCCAGUAGCUCAUCAGCAAUUCUCCUCUGAGUCAUGGGCGGAGACAGCACUGCUCUGCACGCUCCUCAAAAUGCUACAUGCUCCUCUACAUGCUAGUUUGCAGCGUAACAUUGUUGUGUAGUAGAAGAAGCAGGUAACAUAGGAGCUAUUCAGCUCUCAGACACUAAUGUCUUUGGGGGCAUGAUGAAAGCUUAUAUCAUGAUUAGCUUUCUUACGAGCAUUGCAAUCCGCUAACGCACACGCUUGAUCCGUAAUUGACCUCUCUACUUCUCCGAGCCUGACCUACAUAGCCGGGCUCUGGGGGCGGAGCUUGGAUUUGUGAUGUACGUAAACUCACUGUGUUUGAGCCUACAGUUUGGGUCUGCCGGAGAUUCACAGCGAUUUGAAUGCAGAAGUACCCAGAAAUGCAAUUUUGCACUUAGUUUUCUCAUGAUAUGUCUUGUAGCAUCAGAAAAAUGCCAUAUAAACAUGUAAAAAACAAGAAAAACAUGAUUUUCAUCGGAGUGGGUCUUUAAAGGGUUAAAUGUUGAAAUUUAAUGUUGUUAUUGUUGUUUUUGGCAGGACGUGUUAUGCCAAAAAUGGCGGGAAUACAGGAUAUUAUUGUUCUGUUUUACUAAUUUAUUUAUUUUCUUUCUUUAGGCCAAUGAGGAAAGGAACUACCAUGUGUUUUAUGAGCUUCUGGCAGGAAUGAACGAUUACGACAAACAGGAGCUUUACCUGCAAGGACCUGAGACCUACUACUACUUAAACCAAGUAAAGCACAUGUCAUGAAAUAUUCUCACUCUCUGUUGUCUGCAACACAUCUAAAACUUCUUUUUCUCCUCUGAGGGUGGUGCCUGUGAAUUGAAGGGAAAACAGGACAAGCAGGACUUCCAGCUCCUGGUUCAAUGCUUUGACACCAUAGGGCUGCAUGCUGACCAGAUCGCCACAGUCUGGGCCGUUCUUUCGUCUAUCCUACAGCUUGGAAACAUGUGCUUCAGCUCAUAUGAGGUGUGUGUACAGCAGCACGGUUGAGAAUUUGAUCUGGCAUUGGUAUCAUACCUCAGUUGUUGUUUGCGCAUCAGAGCGAGUCGUUCGAGGUGGCUCGUAUCUUCAGCGAGGCUGAGGCCAGGAGGGUUGGCGCCUUGUUGCAGAUUUCCUCAGAGGCUCUACAGACCGUCAUCACUCACAGAGUCACAGUAUGUAGUUUCUCAUAAAACAUUUAUGCCUUUGCUGUGUUAAAUUUCUAAACUUACUCUCUUUAUUGGUCCACAGGAGACAACCUAUGACAGGAUCUACUGUCCUCUGUCGGUGGAAAGUGCCAUAGAAUCAAGGUGAGUAUGUUUCCUCAAAUGUUGGAGACAAGUCUCUCAAUUUAAUCUUCAUAAUUGUUUCCUACAUCGAUCCAUCAAUCUGUUGACUUACAAUUAUCAGUUGUCUCUUUCUAACUAGCAAAGUAGGUUCUCUAAAGACAUUUCUUUAGCCCUGCUAAGAUAGUCCCAGAGAGUUUCCAAAUAUAAAAAACAUUAUCUCUGUCUAUUAGGGUGAACUUGGGACACACAAAAGAAAAUGAAAGUUUAAAAAUUUAGGGAGUAAAGCUGGAAAACAAUAAAGAGAUUAUGGUGACAUUUUAAGAAAAAAAAGUCAAAACUUUUUGAAUUUUAAGUUUUGCUGAUACAUUUUUUGAGUUGCACUAUACUAAAUAAAUAUCUGUUCAGUUGACUUAAUCUUUAUUCUAAAUUCAAUCUAUUUUUUAAAAUUUCCUUAACUUAAUAUUUAUGUCUUCUUCAUGCUUAAAUGAUUUGAUUGAAUGAUACUAAAUAUAGAAUAAUAAAACAUAAAAACUAAAUUACACAGACUUGAAAAAUUCACUGUACACAAUGUAUUACAUAAGUAGUAUCUACUCAAAAUAUUACACCUUAAUGAACUCAAAUAUUUACCACUAGCCAACUUAAAAAUUACAAGAUGUCCUGUUUUCCGUUUGUAAUGUUAAAGGAAAUAUAGUGAAUGUAGAGACAAAAAGUUACUUCACUAGGCAACCAUUGACUUUUUUUCUUUCAAAAUUAAAUUUCCUCUCUCUUUAAAUUUUGACUUCCUUCUCUGAGUGUAUAAUGGAAAAAUAAAGACAUUUUUUCCUCUUUUUUUCCAUUUCUGGCUCUAAUUUUUUUUGCACCAUAACAACAAAAGUAAUCUCGAUGUUAAUAAUACGCAAGUACUCUUGAAAUAGUUUUCCAUUUUAACAGCACACAUCCAUCUUCUCGUCUCUGUCCUCUCAUGCAGAGACGCCAUUGCCAAAGCUUUAUACUCAGUGCUGUUUGAUUGGUUGCUGGAGCAGAUCAAUGACUGGCUGAGUCCCACGGAGAUGGACAGCACAGUUGGCAUUGUAGACAUCUAUGGGUUUGAGGUGUGUGUGUGUACAUCCUGGGCUUGAGAUUUCAGAGGUAGCAGAUCAGUGCUUGUAGUGUUGGAUGUGUCCUCACGGCUCCUCUGGUCCUCAGGAUCUUGGAGUGAACAGCUUUGAGCAGCUGUGUAUCAACUUUGCCAACGAGCAGCUGCAGCACUUUGUCAACAGAGCAGUGAUCUCACAGGAGCAGGUCAGGGGGAUGUUUAUAAGAUCGAAGAGUAUCAGCUGACUCCAACUACACUUUAUACACACUUACACUGAGUGGAGUCUGCUGUAUAAUGUCUGUGUUUGUGUGUGUAUUUUUGUGUUCAUUCUGCAGGAGGAGUACAGUGCAGAACAGAUCCAGUGGUAUCCAAUGCCAAUUAAAAACUUCCACUCCUGUCUGGACCUGAUCUCUGCCAGACCACAUGGCAUCCUCCGAAUACUGGACGACCAGACCUGCUUACCCCAGGUGCACAGAGUCACACACAAGCAGACACACACUAAAACACAUAGACCUGUACAUAGUCAUACUCUAGAUGUAACAAUCAGAGUAAAAUCAGUGCAGAGAAAGCAACAUAAUGGGUCUGGGCCUCUUGUUGCUGGGGUUGCCAGGUGUCCUGUGUCAUUUCUCGUAUUUUCAAACUAAACUGAUUUGACCUCAGUGGGACACCCUUUGUCCUGUAUAGUGACAUUAUUUUUCUGUAAUCAUAAGAUAACACUUCACUGAUCUCAGUUCAGAUCUGACACAGACAAGAGCCCAUCGUACACUGAUCAGUUUUAUCAUGUGACACCUGCCAACCAAUCACAGCUCCACCUAUGGGCAUCAGUUAUAUUUACACCAUUUGUUUGUUAAAUCCUGUUGAAAUAAGUUUCGUCCAUAGAUGCUGUUGUUUGUGCAGCAGCUGAUCAUGCUUUUACUUAUUACAUAAAGGAAUAGCGGGUGCAGGCUGUCAAUACAGCUGGACAAGGGACAGGGGCAAUAUCAGAAAUGUUCGCUGUCAAGCAAACCAAUCACAGGGCUUGCAGUCCGGGUUGCAUUGAUGGGUCGUUACAUUUUUUGAGCAUGUGCGAGGCAUCUGCAAUGGGCACAGGGCUACUCUGACCUACAGUGUAGGUCUGAAGCAAAAGCGUAUACGAGCGUAUUUUGUCCAGCAGCAGAAUACCCACACAGAAGGCACUGAUGUUUCUGGUCUGCAGAGAUACUGGCAUUGCAAAUUUGCCGGUCUGAAAAAUCUCUGCAUCGACUCUCCAUCAGUCUAUUAUCUUUGUGCCCAAAGGAAGAGAAAAGUCCAAUAAAAAGUUGUCAGCCUCCAUGUCUGUGUCCAUACUUGUAUUGCGAAAUAAGAGCCAUCACAUAGACUUGAUACUUAAUUGCAGUUUGGGCUGAGCAUCUUAAUGAACCUUUAGAAAGACUCGAUAUUCAAUUUAUUUUUAACACUCCUAGUGUGGAUGAAAUAUGGAUAAGCCAGAGAAAAGAAAGGAUUUGCAUUUACUGGCAAUGGAAAUUAAAGAUGUUGAUUAAGCUGGUCAGCAGGGACUCAACAAAAGCCCUGUGCACUUAGUGCUGUAGGGAAUUAUCAACAAGCCACAGAGGUGAGCCUAGCCAAACACAACAUGUUGCUACAGUGACACACAAGACCAGCAGAAGAUGCUGAUCAUGAUUUCAUUCCCUUUCUGUGAUACAAAUAUCAAAAAAUAUCCUCAGAUAAAGGUGUUGCUUGGAGACGACUUGCUGGCUAUUUGUAGCAUGUGGGAGUUACAAGAACAAUGCCUGUGUCUGACUUCUUAAGGAUUCCUGUCCCAACCUGUGGGGGCAGUGCUGAGUCAAGACUUUUGCACACACCUGCUGGUCUCCUUAUGGCUAAAAAUUUAAAAUAAACCUAAAAGAGGUUUUAUAAAUGAUUUCAGCACAUUUUAAAGCAUGAACUAUUAAGAAACCUUAAAAUUCCUGCUGUUGACAAAGUGGGGCCCCUUUGAGGGAAUGUGUAUCAAAGUCAAGGUCCUCUGUUGAUGGGAUACACAAGUAGAAAACACACACACACACACACACACACACACACACACACACACACACAAAAGUAGCUCCUUACAGUAUUUUAGAGGUCUUCAAGGGGGCUCAACCAUCAAUUGGGUUUAUUAUUUUUGCAGAUCUCUAUAUCCUCCAUCAUUACAAAGGAAAUGCAUUGUAUUCAACUAAUUAAUGGCUUGGCUUGCAUGUGUGCUUUUUUGUGUGAUCAUUUUCCUGUGUUUGUUUAGGCCACAGAUCACACUUUCCUCCAGAAGUGCCACUACCACCAUGGAAACAGCCCUUUUUAUGCCAAGCCCAAGAAUCCACUGCCAGUCUUCACCAUUUAUCACUAUGCUGGAGCUGUUACUUAUCAGGUAUUGAGCACUGUGCACUACCCUACAAAACAGGUUUAUCAAAGAGCAACCAACAUGUAACACAUAAAAAAAUCUCUUCUUCAGGUUCAUAAUUUCCUGAAUAAGAACCACGACCAGUUCAGGACUGAGGUGGUGGAGCUUUUUGCCAGGAGUCGGUUAAAGGUGAACCAGUUGUUACAAACAGUUCGUUGAUAUGAGCCUGUUUUAAUACCAUAACGUGGCACGAUUUGUUAAUGUUCACCCUCAUUACCAGCUUUUUACUGUUAUCCUAUCAGGACUUGUUACUGUCAUAGUUUUGAUGCUGGAUGAAGUAAUACAUGUAAAUCAGGGUUGAUCAUUUUCCUCUCUGAUCAAGAGUGUAAUUUUUUAUGUGUGCCUUUCAGAUGGUGUCAGAGCUGUUCAGGAAGGUUCAGGACGGUUACAUUCAGCAGAGAGAGCUGGGCUGGAGAGGGAAAGGCCUUCGACAGCAGCCGUCCACCGCUGCCUCACACUUCCUCCAGUCCCUGGCUGAACUCACCACCCGUCUGGAAAGGUACCAACGAACUGACCGUGACUGAGCUGUUAUAAACAAUGCUGAAGAUUUCUGUAGGAAGGAGAGUUUUAAACACAGUAAACACUAACCAGGAUUUUAAUGUUUAGAUUGACCGUGAAAAGAGGGCACAAUGUAUUAUUUUGAGUGGUUUUCCAGUGUUAUUAUGAGACAAUUAUAUUCCAUGAUUUUAGUGUAUUGAAAAGCAUUAAUACAGCACAUUAUGGGAUGUGUGAUGUUAACAAGAUCUUAGUGGCUGACAGUGAUGGGUGCUUUAUUAGCAAAUAGACUUUGCAUAUAUGAGUCUAGGUCAUGCAUUGAACUUUUCCCAUGAUGGUGGAGAGACCUUGCUCACUUUCACAAACCUUUUAGUGAAUUUCUUUAUGAGGUAUGGUGUAUAAAGUAUACUAGCCAUGGUGGAUCUGGGUCGACUUAGGCUCUUUAAACAGAAAGAAAGAAAAAAACAGAUGAAAACUAGGCUCUCAACAGCUGCAGACAUGGGAUGAUACAAUAAGUUUUGAUACGAUACGAUAUGAUACGAUACAGUACAAUACGAUACGGUACCAUACAGUACGAUACGAUACAGUUCAAUACAAUACGAUAUGAUAGUUUGACAUAAUCAUAGAUACCACAGUGUAAACAUCCUGCUGACUCAGUCCUGUGUGUAGUUUGUUAUACAGUAUAGACUUGGUCUCCCCCUUUAAUAGCUCCCACAGAGUAUUUUCCUCUUUUGAAAGAGACUAUCUGUGGAGGCAUUGACUGGGCUAAUUUGUGAGCAAGGAUUACUCUGCAUCCAUCACAGAUUGAGGAAAUCCACUGAAUCUAAACAAUGUAACGCCAGUUGUAGGACAGCUAUAAGAAGCUGUGAAGUCAGGUGUGUAUGUCCAUGGAAAUUCAGUUUCAUGAUGAGUAACCCGUGUCAAUAUAUUUCUUUCUAACCCUCAGAUGCAAAACCACGUUCAUUCGUUGUCUGAAGCCAAACUAUAUUAAGGUAACACCAGUUAAUACUUAUCUGAUAGUUGGUCUUGAAAUAUUGACCUUAAAUGUUCUAAACAUUCUCUGUAUCACUCAUGUCCUUUUUCAGCUUCCCGGGGUCUUUGACGUAGACUACAUGUCGGCCCAGUUGAGGCAUGCUGGGAUGCUGGAGACCAUCCACAUCAGGAAAGAAGGAUUCCCCAUCAGGAUUCAGUAUUCCUACUUUAUUGAGAGGUGCUGUGAUCUGAUACAUACAGUAUCAAGUGCACACCCACAUACAUCUUGCUAGUUUAGCAGCCCACCAUCUCAGAGCAAAUUGAGGUGCAGGGCAUUUAUCACAUGAUGUAACCUUGCAUAUUUUAAAAACUUUUUGACUUUAAAUUUAACUAACUUUAUUUUGCUUGCUAGAGAAAAUCAGACAUCAGAGGUUACUUUUUCAUAAACAAUUAAAUUUAUAGAAGCUUAAAGACAGUGUGUGUUUUUGUUCACAGAUACGGUGUACUCCUGACUCAGAAGGUUGGUGAAAUGUCAGAUAGAGAGCAGACAGUUGCUCUGCUGGACACAGUUGGUGCAGAGGAGGGACAAUACCAGCUGGGACUCACUAAGGUGUUCCCUGUUAAUUUGUGCCUCUAAUUUUAUUUUAAGUUUAAAAUGUCAGUAUCAACAUGUUUGGAUUUGUCUGUGUGUGUGUGUCUCUCUUUUAGGUGUUCCUGAAGGAACUUUGGUUCCAACAGCUGGAGGAGAAGUGGAGCAGCACCCAGACCUGGGCCGCCAUCACCAUCCAGAGGAACAUCAGAGGUUUCCUUUGCAGGAGGAACUUCAAGUUCUUCAAACAGAAAGCCAUCGUCAUCCAGAGUCAUAUCCGAGGGCAUCAAGCCAGGUACAGCAGAGGAAGGACAGAGAGAAGAAUACAUUUGAAACUAUCAUAUCAGAUUGUAUGAAAACUGUCUGUUGGGAAUAUUUUUCAAAUUUAACUUCAUUUUUAUGACACUAUUUCUCCUUUUUUAAGAUAAGAUAAAAAGAACUUUAUUCUUCCCAAAGAAGAAAUUCAUUUUUUAGGUCACAUCUCUUGGAAAAAAAAAGUGAUAGUGUUAACAGUCAAUAUUUUUAUUUUUAUUUUAGUUUUUUUGUCCCGAUAUCAAAGUGAAAUCAGCUGUAAAAUGCACAUGAUUUUCAAAAAAGACAAGUAUGGUAUGGUGCGACAAGUAUUACAUGUAAAGAUACAGUACAGGAUGUACCAUGUAUGAUGUAUCAAUAUACAACACCAGCUCCAAAAAAGUAGGAACGCUGUGAAAAAUGUUGAUGAAGACGGAUUUUAUAGUUUAAAUCAAAGCUUGACAUGUAGUUUUAAAAAGUGCAAAAAAAAAAAAAAAAAACAUAUCGAUGAAAAUAACAAUGUUGUUGUCUAAAGAAGAAUAUCGAAUUUCGAAUGUGCCAGAUGAAUAGAGACAAAAAAAGCUGAAAAAGUUGUGUAAUGUUGAAUCAACACCAAGAGAAAAAUCUACCAUCUAACUGAGUUAAUUUACAACAUGUUAGUAACAUGAGUGAGUAUUCAAAGGGUGGCGCAGAGGGGCUGAAAACAAAUACAGGGUGGAUGUGAUCUUUAGGCCCUCAGGUAGCACUACAGUAAAAGGCAUGACACUGUGGUGGAAGUCACUGCAUAGGCGCAAAACCACCCCUAAUAACCAGUCAGAACAGUUUGAUGCAAGAUUCACAAAUUCAGAUUCAAAAGAAAAAAGAAAAAAAAACUUACACAAACAUGACCUACAGUGAAACUCAUUUAAAAUAGUCUGAGACCAAGAACUUUCUAGAAGUCUGGAUUAUUCUGAGAUUCUUUUUGGAAAUCAUGGACGCCUUUACUCUGAAGACAAGAGGACACUUGGCUUAUCAGCACACACUGCGAAAGCCAAUGUCUCAGGUGGUACGAGGAUGCAAAAGUGCUUAUGGCAUAGGUAGCUUACACAUCUGUGAAGUCUCCAUUAAUGCUAAAUAAUAGGUACAACAUAUUCUGCCAUCUGGAUAAGGCCUUUUUCAGGGAGGACAUUGCAUGUUGCAGCAAAACAAUGUCAAACCACAUCCUGUGUGUGUCACAACAGCAUGGCUCUGUAAUAGAAAAAUCCAGGUGCAAACUUGCCUGCCUGCAGUCCUGGCUUGUCUCAGUUGAAAAAUAUUUUGCAUGACAAAUGAAACCCCAAACUACUGAGCAGCAUAAUCCCAUAUCAGGCAAAAGCCGUACAAUCCUUCUCCUUUAAAAUCAAAUAGCAGUUAAAAAAGAGAAGCAAACUAGAGUAGAAAGAAGUCUGAGUUCCUGAUGGGAUUUAUCAACAACAAUCUUUCAUAUGUUUUUGUUAAAUCGGUAAAAUGAUCCCAGUCAUCCACUUCAAACAAAAAAAUGGCUCUGAGAUCAGUUAUGCAAAAACACGUAGGAGACAGCUGAGCUGGUAAGGAGGUGAAAUGAGGUCACAGAGUGGUGUAUUAGUGGUUGUCGUGUUAGUGAACUAAUAUGGGUUACUCUGUGUUUGUGUGUUGCUGCCCCCUCUCUUCUUUAGGAAGUACUACAAACGUCUCAGGCAGUCGUUCACUCAGUUCUGGGCGGUGAUGAUGAUAACAAGGAACACCAUUAAGAGACGCCACUGGAGGAAGGUAGGCAUAAAAGAGAGAGCUGAGUGUGUGGACACAGCAUAUGUUCGCUGAUUUUAUUGUGCUGUUAAUCCAAGUGAACAAUGAUGUGAUAGCAGCAGCUGUUCAUGUCAGAACGUAAGUGGUGAUAAGAACAAUAUGGGAGUGUCUCCUUGGUGUUUAAACCCUAAUGUACAUGUUUAAGGUCAAAGUGUAGUUAUUUUCUUUCUUUCAACUUUUUUUGCAUAUAAACCUUUGUUUAUAGAAUUUAUCAUUUUUGAAUACAAAAGUUUUACAAAACAGUCCUGACCAAGAGAGCAGCUUUUAAAGGGUUUCAUCCAAAGCAAAAGACAAGGAAACUAAACUGUAUUUGUAAAAAACAACUAAAACAAACCAGCAGGAUUUGAUAGUCAAAUAAUCCCUCAUCCCACAUAAUUUGCUCCUAAAAAUCUGCAAUCUGCAUUUUCAGGGGUUAUGGACCCACGACAACAAACCAACUCCAAAAUUGUAUGUAACUGCUCAGACGAGGAUGUAAACUUACUUUUGAUGCAGGAGUGAUAGGAAAUUUUGCUACAGGCCAUAUUUUACAGUUUUAAAGGGAAUUAGGAUAACUUUGGUUUCUGAGUCUCAGCAGACAACAGCUGAAAAAAUUUAAAUAUCUGUAUAAGCCAAUUGCCAAUUUCUAAGUUUCUGGACAACAAAAAAUGACACAUAAUGUAUAUGGACGCAGUGGCAGUUCAUGUGUGCAGACAUAUAGUGUAUGGAAGAAUUUUGAAGUGUUGUAAACAGACCACAGACACAUUACUGAAUGUCUGUAUUUUUUUGGGGAAAAAAAAGGAUAUUUAUGGUAGACUAAAAUGUUGUUUAUCAUGUUUUAUGUCCGUUUCUUUAACAAAUAGACUGUCACAAUGAGGGUAGCAGGAAACUGAAUUCUAUUGCAUUAAUGUUGUUACCAGUUUCAGCCAACUUAGGUCUGAAAUAUUAGCAAAAAUUCAACACUGUGAAUCCAUACAGUUAAAAUAUCAUUCCAUUAAGAUUUGGACAACAUAUUUGUGAAUAUAUGUCCAAGAUUUAAUUAUUUGCAGCUCCAAAAAAGUCCAUAUUAAACUCCUGGAGGAACUUUUGGGUUGUGUCAACUUUGGCGCCCCCUGUGGUCAAAGUAGUCUUUGCUAAUCUUGUCGUCUGCAUGGAACGUUUUUUUUUUUUUCAACAAACAUCUUAUCCUGCUGAACUGUGAUUGUAAAUCGUAUCACUUCUUUUAUGAGUAUUUUAUGCAGAAAUAGAGAGGUUUUUUAAAGUGAAGUUUCCUGUUGAACAUCACAGUGGUGUCGUGAAUUAUUAAAGCAGUAGCAGCAUGAAGCAGGAGGUUACUGUAGCAGCUUAACUAUGGUGAGCCAAAAUGGACAAAAUAACACCAAAUUGGAUAAAAGCCAGUAUGUUAAUUUUUGACUAUAAUAACUGUAGUGUGCUGGAUGGGUGAGACCUGUUGGGUGUGUUUUUUUCUGCUACAUAUUUAAGCACUGACCACAACUUCCUUUACAACAUUAUAGCCUUCUCAUAAAAUCUCAUGCCUGUCUUUUAACUGCCUUUCUUAUCUUGCAUUAAUCAUGCCACUUGGCGCACACACACACACACACACACACACACACACACACACACACACACACACACACACACACACACCCUUCUUACUCUCCAGUCUUGGACUUCAACCUCUCGCUGAAAUUUGAAGCAGCGCUACAUCUCUUCUUCCGCCUUCUGAAACCUGCCUGUCUGACUCCCAGCUCGGCCGCUCACACAGGUACGCUGCUCCUCUUCUUUUCUCUUGUAAGCACUCAGACUCAACUGUGUCUUCAAACAUGUCUUCUAGUUAAAGUCUCUUUAAAGUUGUAGUUACUUAUAGCGACGGACAGGGAGUGUUAGGUCUGCUUCAGGUUUCCAAACAGACUGUAACUCUUCUUUCACCUGCUGUAUUUGGUGUCUGUUUUUUUUUCUUCUUUUCUUUAAAUGAAAACUGAACUGACAGUUUUUGUUAUUCUUGUCGAUCUUUCAUCUUUGGUCAUAUCUCUGUCAGUAUAUUUGGUGACAUUGUUUUAUGAGGCUUGGACUAUGAACAGAAGAGCUGCCCAUAAGCUGCAUGUGUCAGCUGUUCAAGCUCAGAUAGACUCAUCCUGAUCUGAACCUUUGAGUGAUUAAAUACACUGUAAACUCAUAAUGUUGUCAUUACUGGGAAAAGAGAAGCAGUGUUCAGCACUGCAGUUCUAGGACCACAUCUCUAAUCUGUGUGUGACUUGGGGUUAGGAUUAUAGUCAGACAUUACAAAUGUUGAGAUGGUAGUCUGCCUGCCUGUUCCAGUGUCCACUCCGUGUACAGAGGCUAUUGCGCUCGCCAAGACAGUUGCUGGUUCAACUCCUUGCCACAACACACAGCACACCUGUUAUGGGGUUUUCUAAAGUGCACUUCAAGUAUGCAACUGCCCGGGUUUGAUUCCAGCCUGUGGCCCUUUUACCCCAUAUCCCCCACUGUCCUGUCCUCUCUAAAUAAAGGCUGAACAAGCCCCAUAGAAAUGUAAUGUAGGUGCUAAAUAUGCACCCUUUGGCAACCACAAGGUGGUACUACUGUCAACUCCAAGAGCCUUCAACUUGCAACAAUGGACAUCUUCUACCUCCAAGCUGGGGGAAGCUUCAGCAAGAACAGCACCCCCUGGUGACUGGCUGCAGUAUAGGUCAUAAACCCCACCUCCUCAAGGAGCUGUGGACAAACUUUGGAAUUAAUUACAAAGGAUGGAGCAUAUCCCGGAAAUACCAAGAACAAUUUGGCUUCAGAUUUGGACAAUGAUGGGUGGUGGAGCCACAUUGUCCAUACUAUAUACAGUCUAUGUUGUCAACCCAGACAUGAGGGGCUAAAUCUGCAGCCCCCAAGUCUGCGAGUCUGCUGGAGAAACAAUUGUGGUCAGUUUCUCCUUCUUUCAGACCUUCGCCAUUAAUCUUACUUAGUUGAUAUCAGUAUCUUGAUUUUAAUUGGUUGGUUGUUGUUUGGGGCAUGACGAAAAUGCAAAUUCACAAUCACAAUUUUUAACUAAGUGCUGUGAGAGCAGAGACAAAAAUCAGGCAACCCUGAGGGUGUUUUUGUGCUGAGGGCACGAAGGGCUGAAAACUUUCAGUCAGUGCCUAAUGUGUAACUAGGCGAGAACAAGAGCUGAAAUACGUGAUUAAAAGUGAUCGCGAUAGGAUUUAAAUGUUUAUCAGUCCUUAAAGUUGGCAGUUGUAUAACAUUUCAUUGACAUUACAGCGAUGUCAUUAUAGCUAUCUCAGCUUGGAAAGUGUUAUCACUAUACCUGAGUAAUAAUCUGUGUAGGUGGAGUUUUACAGCUGUUAUGUUUCAGCUGGCAGAGAUAAGAUGCUAAGUUUCGUUAUGGGAAAUGUAGUCCAUUGUGACGGGGGCUGAGGGACUGUAAAUCAGGGACGUCUUUUUUUUCUUUAUCUUUACCUGGACCAUCUUUUUAAAAGGCAGAUAGAAACUUUUUAAAGUCUCGACAGAUACCAUUGGGCUAACUUUUUUAAAAUACUACUGAAUAAAUUAAUUUAACACUGCUUAGUUAUUGCUGGGAUAACCCUGGGUUAAUGUAAAGCUGAUUCAUGCAUUAAUGAUUACCAUAUUGUUAAAUAAUCAAGAUUGUGUAUGAUUAACAGCCUGGCUUAUAAAUGACUUACUAUUUGUGUAACAUAUAGUUAAUAUUUGCUAUCAUGAAUUAAUAUCAUCAAAGCAGAAUUAUUGCAUUUUGCAGCAUCUUUGGAUCUGUUUUCCUCAAUUUGGUGGAUGUCUCUUUCACCCAUCUCUUCUCUACUUUCUAUGUCUUUCCCCUCCUUGUCUUCCUCUCUUCUCUACGAGUGCCUUGUCUUUGAAUAAAAACCAAUGAUUAAUUGACCUCCACAAAUAUUAAAAGUAAUAUUUAAAACUUCCUCCAUGUUGUCUGCCAAUUAAAAGCUAACGAUUUGCCACAGUGUCAACAGUAGGAGCUGAAAUCAUGAACUCUAUAAUUGUGCCGAACUCUGUUGAGUUACAGAUUGAUAUGACAAGUGCCUGGUGCGGUCUUAACCUUAAAUUCUUUUGACCAAACAGGAUCAGAUGUUUGACAUUGCGAGGUGAUUAGUAAGAAAACCAGGAAAUAAAAUAAAAUAAUCUGAUCAUCAUAAAAUAAUCAGUGCCAAAAUGCCUGACAGGGUGAUGUUAUCUGUUUGCAGCAGAGGGUAAUACCAAAUACAAAAUGGCUUGCUAUCAUGCAAACACACAUACUACAUUAUACAAGUUUAUCUAUUUGUCCUCUGAUGUUGACUUUUAUUUGUGUGGGUGCAUGCUGAGUGGAACGAAAUGAUAAUUAUUGCAUGAAAAUAUCUGACGAAGAAUAUUAUGGGAUAGUUUGCUUCCUUCCGAGUGAGAUUGUGUCAGGUACUUGUUAAACGUGAGUGGAUUUUCCACAGGCCCCUUUGCUGAGAAACUAGCCAGAGAACCUGAACAGAAACUAGGCUAACUGAUUCAGAGGGGGUCAUCUCUACCACACGAUUUAGCCAUUUUCAUGAAAGUACUACCCAAACAUUAAGGUCGAUGUAGACAAACGCUGUAUUUACAAAUGUUCUGUUCUUUGCCAUCUAUCAACAACUUCAUCUUUGCACUUCUGCCACAUGCAACAUAUGCAUGUCACUUCAACUACAGGUGUAUUAUUCACAAGUCAAUUCUUUACCAGGUUUUCUGAAUUCAUUGUUAAAUUGUUAUAUUUUUGAAUCUCAGUUUGAGAUUAUUUUUAGCACCAAAGUCUCAUCUUUAUUGAGCAAGCACACUAAAAGCUGCAGGGUUUAUUUCAGCCUAGUCUUCCCUUUCAAGAGCUUUUGAAAGUAUAAAUAUUUGUGGAGCGUGUGUGUCAUUAAACAAUUAAAAACAGAGAGAGCUGAAAACUAAGUGUAAGAUACAUAUGCUUUUAUUUGUUCUAGUUUUCUGAUUUAAUUUUUGAAGUUUGAGGAAAGAGGGUAGAACAGCAGCAUCCAGUGAGGGCAAUGCUGGAUGGUAAGAGAGGUGGCCUGCAGCUGCAUGUAAGCCACAGGUAUCCUCUGGUUUAGAAAGAUCCUGUAGCACUGUUGACAUAAAGUCCCACUCUGAGUUCAUGGACUCACAGUUUACAAAACUGAUCCACCAGGUAACUUGGAAUCUCUCCUGUUCUUGGUAAGCUCAGAUGUUUCAGUCUUGUGGGUCUAGUUCUUCCCUUGUGGACUCCAGCUCUUUUGUCACAGUUGCAUGUUAUUGUUGCUGUCAGGAUCAGUCAUUUUUCAGUUUGGUAGUUCUUUAGUCUGUUUGGAAGCUUGUGGUAAAUACACAUCACCUCAUACAACCCCACUUCACGAAAACCAACCAUUACUCAAGAAAUUAUGUAAACCAUAAAUCAAAAUGUAACUAAACACAAUACUGGUCCUGAGGGUGCGUUUUAAUCUGCACUGAUUUGUUUGCUUUGGCAGAGUUGAUCAUCUCAGAUACUCUUGAAACAGGGUUUGGCUGCCUGCAAGUCCAUUCUUUGGACAUAUCUAUUAUGUUCCAUUAUUGAAGUGAGACUGUGAUAAAGAAUACAUUCGCUGAAUAAAUAUGUGUAAUACCCUAAAGUGUAAGCUGAACUUUGUAUGUGUUUACAGUUCAUACAUUUGCAGAGAAAUAAACCUCUCAAUAUGGGAUGAAAAAUGAACAAAUACAGUCAGUGCUGGCAAGUAUAGGAACUUGUUAUGGAUUUGAACAUUGAUAUCGUCAUACCUGAGUGAGGCUGCCCUGCAGGAGUGAGUUUCCUCCCUCUGUGGGCUGUAAACCUUCAGAUAAAACAUCUCUCUGGACUCUUGGAACUGCGUGGUCUGAGGUGGGGCAACAGGACUGUGGGAGUUGCCAGAGUAUAAAACAGGACGUGAGUCUAAGAAUAGGUCUGAUAGUACACAGUCCCCGGGCAGGUGAGGGAGUGCUGAGUCUACUGGACGUACCUGGAUAAGGAUAACUUACUGAGAAGAAGCAGUAUGGCUAACUAACUUGUUGUCUUCGUGUGUUAUUCCAGGAUUUCCACGAGAAGAAUAAAGUCAAAGCAGUGACGAAGAAAAAAUCUGUCUCUCCAGGAAUGGUAAGAAAAUAAAACACACUCUUGUUCAAUCAGAAAAGAAGUUUUUGACCAACGUUGUUUCUUGUUUUCCCGUCAGGAUGUGGGGAUGUUGGAGAUCCCAGCUGAGCUGUCAGCCAGACUUCACAGCUCAGCAGGUCAGCUUCAUAAAAACCAAAAUCAAAGGAAUAAAUCUGCACCUGUUUUCUGUGUACCUGCUGCCGUGUCCUCAUGUGUUGUCAGUCAGUGAUUGUUGUAGCGUUUCUGUCCAACAGGGAGGCAGCACAGGGCAGAAAUCACAGAGGUGAGGCCUCCACAGGCGAGGGCAGAACACAACUUCAACCUGCCUCUGGACAUUGACAGAUACCCGUUCUCUCGCUAUGCCAAGUCCAUACUGAAGGUGAGCUAGAGCUCAUAUUUUGAGCUCAUUUUUUGAUUUGUACUUUUGUUUUUUUUUUCAGACUGCAGCUGUGAAAUUUUCAUUUAGUGCAGUUAUUCCUCCCUAGCUUGUCAUUUGAAGUGUUUGAUAACAUUAACAAAGGAUCCAUUCAAAGAUAAAAUUAUACACUAAAGAGCUGGUGUGCUUCACUCAAAAAGUUGUCUGAUUCACUGAGUAUUCACUCAAGCACUAUUUGCACAGAUAUCAAUAAGUAAACAACUUAAAAUGAUAAUUUGCUUAAAGAUAAGAAUUAAUUGCAGCCCUGGUUUUUAUUAAUGGGUUUAUGAACAUUUAUGAAAGAGUGCUGCCAGGUGACAAACCACCAAAAACCUAUAUUGUUACAUCAAAAAUAUAUCCUCAUUUUAUAUCUGAUGUCAGAAAAGUUGGAACAGGGUCAACUAAACUGAAAAAGUUGGGUGGUUAAAAAUGGACACUACAGAGAGGCUAAAUUUACCAGACAAGCCUGUGAACAGGUAGUUUAAGGAUUUCAUAACAAUGUUCCUAAUUGCUAAGAGUAUGGGAAUUUUUUCAUCUACAGUGCACUCAAAGAUUCAUGCAGAACUGCAUUAAAAACUGAUAUAACUCUGUAGUGGAAAUCACUGCAUAAGUUCAAAUAGCUCUAAAUACCUCUGUCUGUGAUCACAGUCCCAACAAUAAACAUUUUGAGUUUUGGCACUUGAUAGGUCAUCUUUGCUCUGUUUUCAAUUAUAUGUAGAGUUUAAAUUAUUUGUUUACCAUCAAAUCUUAAUUUAUUUACGUUUUUUUGGAACUAAGGUACUUCCAUACAUUUUUUUAAAUCAAUAACAGUGACUCAGAAUUAUCUUUAUAUCAGCAUUUCAGCUCUCCACCCUGAGCAUGACAUAAUUAGACCACAUUUUCUGUCUUUGUGAACUCACUCACAUUGCAGGACACAUGGAGCCAGCCUCAGGGAUACCCCUUCCAGAGACCUCUCACCUCUCUGGAUCCUGAAGAUGCCAGAACUGCCCUGGAGAUCUACAAACUGGUACAUGGCACUAAAUUAAUUUCAUUUAUCUGGUUUGAUUAUUUUUUUAACUCAUAGGUUUUUUAUCCAUCUCUCUUCAGAUCUUGCGGUUUACAGGUGAGUCGGACCUCAGCAGCUGGCAGGAGCAAGUGUUGGGUAACUACAUCCUGGAGAAGGGGCAAAGCAGGCCGGCUUUGAGGGACGAGAUCCUGGCCCAGCUGGUGUACCAUACAUGGGGUAUGCAAGAGGGGCAGAGCAGUCACAGGGGUUGGCUGCUGCUGGCCAGCUGCCUCAGUGCCUUCACCCCCUCGCCUACACUGGACAAACCCCUGCUCAAGUAAGUCAUGACCUUGCAACAUUUAGAUGUAUUCUUGUGCCCAUUCAAAAACAAAAAAGUUGAGCAUUUUCUUACUACACUUGGUCCUUAAAGAUGUUUAACUCAGGCUGCUGUGUCUUCCGUCCAGGUAUGUGUCUGACCAAGCUCCGAGGGAGUACCGCUCACUGUGCCAACACAAACUGCUGACAUCUCUGCAGCUCCCAGCUCCCGCUGCCCGCCUUUACCCCCCGACUCAGCUGGAGUGGACCAGCAACCAAAAGAAGGGUGCCAUGACGCUUGAAGUGCACACAUUCAACGGUGAGAGUCAACAUGAUAUCAUUUAACAGAAUCAGUUUUGGAUUAGGGCAACAUUAAGGAGGAAAAAAAAUUCAAGGAUAAAAUCAGUAUGUAGCAAGAAUUAAGUAAUGGGAUAAGAAAUGUCAUUAUGUUCGACAUAAUCAUAAGGACUUAUUUUUGUAGCACUGUGAUUUGAUUGUGACAUACCAACUUUUUUGUUCACCUUUUCCUCAGAUGAGAAGCUGACAGCUGAAGUGGAGUCCUGGACCACAGGAGAGCAGCUGGCCUCCUGGCUUCUUCACUUCAGGUACUCCUCUGAUUCUUAUUAUGCCACUUAAUAUCCAUAUUCUCCAGUUUAUCCUGCUCUGUGUGUCAGUUUUCAUUCCUCUUGUGUUUGUGAUACAGACAUAUACCAGAGGCGGGGCAGGGCUGGUCGGUGUCUCUCCUGACUGAGGACGGCUGGUCUGAUCUGGCCGGUUCAGAUUUUGUGCUGGAUCUCCUGGCUGGUGCUGAAACUGAAGUGCUGCCUCCUCCAGGGACUCCCUCCUCUUCAAACUCUGACUACCUGUUCAGCAACCAGGGGAACAGGUAGAGUAGUGAUCAGCUGACUUCAAGUUUGUUUCAGAGAAUCUGCAUGUGUAACCACUGUAUGUCUGUCUUUAAAUCCAGGAUGCCAUCUUCAGAUCUGGAUGACUUCAUCCCACCAGCCCCUCCAGUAAACGCUCCUGGACUGCCCCCGUUUGAGGGCGGCAUGUGGGCCAGAGAUUACCCACAAGAAGGUAGGUGUUGAUGAAGUUCAUGUCCAGUCAGCUAACAGCAUCUGUAAUCUCCUCUACUGCAGCUUUAAAUCAGAAUGAGGAGUGCUAAUUCUGUCUGAAACAACCAUCAUGUCCACAUUAACCCUAUCCCCACAUGCAGCUCCUCUAGGUUAUAUUUCGCACAUGUCUUUUUGGGAUCACAUAGGGGUGGUUAGCAAAAUCCUAGAUUGUGAUUCACUUACAGUUUUGCUUAUUAACUUAGGCUCAACUCUAAAAUGCAAAAAAUGUUUAUAAAUUAAUAAACUGAUACCUCUGAAUGGUUAGUUUAUCAUCAAAACAGAUUUGAUUUUCUCGUUCAUUCAAACAAAUAGCGUCGUUUUAGUUCACGUGAGCCAAAGAGUAAGUCUAAUUCUCUACAAAUCUACAUAAAAAUGACCCGUUCAUCGCUCACUCAUCAAAACUAUUCGGUUUCUUCUCUGCAAAAUUCUCAAACUCUUCAUAGGUGAUGAACAUGCUCUCAUCGUUUGAGAAUCACAUGCAAAAGGAUCCAUUUAAUGAUCAAAAUCUAUUAAACAACUAAAUAUAUAAUUUGGCUGAAUACCUGCAGGGUGAGAGUAUGUAAUGGAUUAAAAAUCCCAAUCAACCAAUCACAAGUAGGAUUGAACGCAUUCUGAUAAAUAGACUUUCUAUCUAGCAUACCACAAGAAGUUAAGAGGUCGCCAUUAUAGCAAUGGUGUCUACUCAGAAUAUUUAAAAGAAGUAAUUAAUUUUCUACUUUUCCAUUUAUUCUCUACAGAACUUGAGUGUUAAUAACAAUAAUGGUGGUAGGUAGAAGUAUCUAUAGACUAUUUAGGCCAAGUCACACUUAACCAAGUCUAGACCAAGUUAAGUCUACUUAAAAAAUGAGUCCAAACAAUUAAGAAAAGCUGUAACUUCUCAUUUUUUCAAUAUCUUGACUGCAAACCUCAUCAAUCAUACUCUUAGUCCACUGUGUGGCUCAUGUCAACAGCCUUCUCUCAGUUACUCUGGAUUUACUUUCACUUGGUUGUUUUUCAGCGGCUGUGCUCACUCUAGCUGACCCUCUGUGUAACUGAGACCUAUAAACUCAGGCACAAAUGAAAUCAGGGGAAUGUGCAUUGCUGGUACCAAAGGCUCAAUAACUAGCUUGGCAAAGCAGAUAUCGAAGUCCUGGACCCUCAGGCUGAAUGACACAUGAUUUGGUUUGGGGUUCAGAGGUUUAGUGGGUCAUUGUUUCAUCAGGUUGGGGCUGACACCAAUAUAUCAUUUGGUGGUGGGUUUAUUGUUGACUCUAUUUUUUGUUUUCAGGUCGUGGUCGACAGAUGGAUGCCUAUGUUGACGACUUAUUCGACCCUGUACUGGACCAUGGACCAUCAGUCAGUCACUUUUUCUACCUUGUUCCUUAAAGGACUAAAGUUUUACUCUCUUGAAUGUGCUGAAUGUGUACAUGAGUCUGUGGUGGAUUGUGUGUCUCUGGUUGUAUCCGAUUACAGAGUGUUUGAAGUCACUGGGUUGUGUUUCUGUACUCCCUCUGUUUGUGUCUUCCACUGCCACAUGGUUGUAAUUUAUUACCUUGCUUGUGUUUGUGUGAAGGACAUGGAUAGAGUAGCCAUGCUGAACCGCAGGAUGAGAGGAGGAGGAGGGAUCGGACCAAUGUAUGGAGCAGGUAAGAAAACUACUCCAAUCCCAAAGGGGCAGCUAUAUCUGGUUGAAGCUCUUGAAGAUGUUUGGCCCUCUGUGACUGUGGAUAUAUUAAUGGUCUGAAUGGAAGUUUCUGACAGAGUUGUUGACCUCUUUUUCACUGGGGUGUGGGUCACAUGAUCUCCAGUCACAUGAUCCUGGAGGAAGUGCUCGGAUUGUUUAGUGAAGGGAUCCAAACCACCUUGUAUGUUAGUGAUGAGAAGUGUCUCAGUCCACCAUUUCUGUUCAAAUAUGGUUUGCUGUCCUCAAAGGAGUGUCCUAUACCAACGUGUAUGAGCAGCUGUUUGUUCUUGUUGUACCAUUGAAAGUUACUUCCCACAUCUAUAAUAAAAAACACAAAAGCAACAUUUAAAAGUAUUUUAUGACUUUGACACUUAACAUUCAUAUUACUUCAGUACCUGUUUAAUGGAGAACAUUAAAAUUGUCUUGGCUUGGUCUACUUUUCAGGUGUGCCGAUGACAAUGCCAAGUUAUCCCAUGGGUAAGCAGAAACAUUCAUUUUUAUCAGCGUGAAUGAAACUAAGUGUCCUUUUGAAGUCGUUUUAUCAAACAUCGAUUGUCUUUUUAUAUCAAAAAAUGAGACAAAAGGUUCAAAUUUUAAGUUUUGAAAAUCUCACCUCUGCUCAGGAAUGCCUUCAGUGCCGAUGAUGCCAACUACCAUGCCAACCAUGCCAGGUAGUCCAACAUUACAAACCAUUUGGUUCCUCUUAAUUCAGUGCAUGAAGAGCAGGAAACGUUGACUUUUACAUAGAGCUUUUUUAACACCAUGUAGAUAGUAGCCAAUGGGAAUAGUAUGGCUUUUCUCUUAUGGGUCAUUUACUCAGGUUGUUAGAGUAAGCCUAAUGAAAGUUAUUUCAAGUUAUUACAUCAUAAUUAAAACAGCAAAAGCUGAUCAAAAGAGCUUGUCAAACAGAAGAAAAGACAAGACAGGAAAUAACAUCAACAGGCAAAUAAAAAACAGUGAAUGGUGCAACUUUAGUUUUUGAAAGCCAAAGGAAAGAAGUAGAUUUUGAGUUGUGAUUUAAAAGAUUUAAGGGGGCAGCUCUGAUGUUUGGGCCCAUGAUUAUAAAAUUAAUUUUGUAACUCGCUCACAUUAUUGUAUUUCCCUUCGGGGAUCAAUUAAGAUCUUCUUCUUCUUCUUCUUCUUCUUCUUCUUCUUCUUCUUCUUGUUCUCCUUUUCUUUUUUUUCUUCUUCUUCUUCUUCUUCUUCAUUUAAACCAUCUAAAGGUACUGAGCAAAAGUGAAUCCAUUACCUGCUCUUGAUCGGCUCUCUUUUAUUGAUUAGUGUAACGACACAUAGUCAUAAAUUAAACUAACUCUAACCAAACUUGGACAUUAAUCACCAUGAUCUGAACUAAAGAUAAUGACAUGAAAUCAUGUUUGAGAAACAAUUAUUGAAUGUGUAGUUUGAUUUUACAGUUUGACCCAUGUCCCAUCUGUUAACAUGGAGGACAGUGGCUUAAUGACCAGGCAGCCACCAGGGGGUGCAUCAAAUGAUUUUGCCUCACUCUGUUGGAGCUGUUCUGUCGCUUGUUUUUUAUACAGUCUGUGGUUGAUGCAGAGUUUAUACUGAAUAUUCACUCAAAGGUGAUUUGUCCUGUUCACAGCCAUGAUGAUGCCUCAAGCUCCAGUGGCUGCUCCUCCUGACCCCUUACAGAUGAGUGCAUCACAGCAGGCUUUCAUCAACCAGCAGGCCUUACUCAUGGUGAGAUAAAAAUAAACCUCCUCCUCUAUUCUCUCCUCACUAUCGACCCUCACCUCUGCACCUGUGUAACAUUUAAAUCUCUUGUUUCCAGGCCCAGCAGAUGACCCUGCAGGCCAUGACUCUGUCCCAGCAGCAGACGCAGGAGCAGCAGAGGAAGCAGAAGAAGGAGGAGCAGGAGAACAACAGACCAUGGAAACGUCAGUCAGAGCCGCGGUCCACACAACCCUCACCUCCACCCCCAGCCCCAGCCCCAGCCCCACCUGUUCAGCAGCCCAAAGCACCUGUGCCCCAACGCACUCCCAGCAUCAGGCAGCCAAUGCCAGAGGUAUAUGAGUGUAAUUAUUAUCGCCAGCAGGGUGCAGCUUUGUUUGCUGCAUUAGUCUAAGUGCAUUAUUAUUAUUUUUUUUUUUAACAAAGCAUGAUGUUGAGUUUGUAAAAGUAUGGUCCCAUUUAGGGUCAAACAACUUUUCCAAGUUGGUACCACAGCAUCUAAAACAAGCUUCUACAGCAUUUGGUUGUCCAACAACUGUGAUUGAUUUGCAUGUUAAGUUUGUGAAUACUUUUCUCUUCCCUUAACAGCCAGAGAGAUCAGUGGACAUGCCAGAUCCAGAUGACCUGCAGUCCUUCAGGGACAAGAUGAACUUCUUCCACAAGAUUGGUGAGUAAAGCUGAUACAAGUCAUUACCAUGGGUGUAUUUAUAGUAUGCUAACAGGAGAGAUGCUAGCAGGUUAUGUGUUUCUAGAAGAAUACUAAUUUGAUAGACUGAAGUGUGUCUGAACAGGAUUGUAGAUAAUUGUGCCUGUCCCUCCUUUACAACACAUUUUCAGGAGGUAAAGAAAUCGACCUUUCAAAUUUUAUUUAACAGUUACUGCUUAAAAUCUUAUCUGGACUCUUAAAUGGGUGUUUUCCCUGUGUGGGUUCUGCAUUAGUGUCUGUCAGACACAGGGUUGUGUCUACAGGGGUGGCAUGGGUCCCUAUUAAAGAGCAUCUUUUGGGCAUUUUGCUUUGCUUUUGAGAGGACUGGACAGCAGACGCAGCAGAAAACUAGCAGAGAAAGUGGGGAGUGACAUUCAGGAAAAGAACUGAACCAGUGUCAUGCAUGAACCCUCUUCGUUAAAGUAUGGUUUCUUGAAGUGGGGGUUCUGGACCCUCUGUUGGGAAACUGGCCAAAGAUUUGGAACAUAAGCACGGCUGCAGACAGGGUGAACUCUUGUCUCUUUUCAACACACUGUGACCCAAAAACCUGAUGUGACAAAAUCUAUUGGGAUCAAGUAAAGGCGACUUUUAAAAAGUACCUCUGUUUGCAUUUCUCACUGGUUGCACAAGUAUAAAAGGUGCUGGAAUUUACUCUAAAGGCAAAACAAUUUGCUGUCAAUGAUUUUUAUUUUCAUCCUCUUCUGUUCUCCAGAAUCUCAGCCUCACAGUCAACCAGCUCCUCCAAAGCCCCACCCAGCUCGAGACAGCCCACCCAGACAUCAACAACGCUCCCCACCUCGCUCCCCACCUCCUGCCCCUCCACCAAAGCCUGAGGGUACGAAGAUGACAAGGCCAAGAACAUAUUUUGUAGAGCCUUUUUAUACAUUUUGAAUUAGAAUACAAAAAAAUAUAUCAUGAAGAAAAAGAACAAAAAACUAACGGUUUGAGUUUCUGGCUCUCAUCUCCCACAGUGAAGCGCUCUCAAUCUAACCCUGCCAGAGAGAAAGACCCUCCAAAACCAUCACCAGCCUCGCUUACUAAACCUCAGCCUGAACCCACAUCCAAUAUCCGAGACAUCAUCAAACAGUACAACAGCAGACCCAAUCCAGAGCCCAAACCCUUCACGCCUGUCAGGUGAGUUUGUGCACACCUUGCCAAACAAAUUUCAUUAGACCUUUGCUUCCCUAUUAUAUCACAAUUUAGGAACAAAUAUUGGGAAAGAAUUUAGUCUUUGGCCUUUUGAUAAGGUUUGUAACAAUGUCUAAUAAUAAGUAUGAGGGGAAAUUCUCAUGGAGAGUUUAGGUUGCUGAAUUGGUCCACUAGUUAAAUCAUCCUAUAUAGAGAGAAAAUUGUCCUCAAAUCGGGCAGGCUGUGCCCCUUUGCACCCUUUUUUAUUAAAUGUCCUCUCCUCUACAUAUACAUAUAAAAAAGACGCCCAUAAAGACAUAUCAUUUAUGCAAAUUAGAAUCCUGACAGGGUGAGCAGGACCCCGAGACAGUCAAAGUUGAAACAGUAACCUGCUCAUUUAAUAUGAUUCAUGUUAAAAGAACAUUUCCAUCGUCUGCAGGAAAUUUUUAUAAGACAUUUCAUUUAUUACAGUCAGGUGAGAAGAUAAUAAUAAUAAUCAUAAAUGUCUAGUACAACAAUAAAUUUCAUGCUGUGAAGGACAUUUGUAUUGGUUAUAUAUUCGUUUUUGUUUACAUUUAUAUGUUACAUGUCUUUUGUUGUUGCUGUUUGCUGUGUAUGACUUGCUUUUAUUGCUACUGCUUCGUUAUUGUAAAACACUUUGGUAGGCCACUGGCUGUUUGAAUGUGCUAUACAAAUAAACUUGACAUUGACAUUGACAUUAACAUUUACAUGUUGUUGCCAAAAUCUAUUCAUCACGUUAGUCCAACAGCAUCUGGACUUUUAAAAUGCAUGUAAACAUGGUUAGGAAUCGAUUUUCACCUGUAAGUAAACACCUUAAUGGGAUUAAAACUGGUCUUAGCCUUACGCACCUGCUCCACAGGUUGCACAUCAGACUUUGAUAUAGAGGUUAAACAGCAUAAAUGUGUUGUAGUAAGCCAGUAGUGGUACAUAAAACCUCGACAAAAGAAGAAGAGACAUAAAAAAAGACAAAGCUUUUGUAUAGCAGGUUUAAAAUGUACAGAGCUGUAAAGUUUUCGGUGGUUUUAGCCUGGAAGUAUCAACUGAAGGGUGCAUUUUUUUUGUAGGGGGGGUACUUACUUUUGUCAGUAAACACAAUCUUGGAAUUCAGUUUAGGAAAACAGAUCUGGAGUGGUUUUAUUCAUUAGAAAGAAAUCAUUUGCUUAUGUUUUGUACUAUCCUGUUUUGAUUCCAUCCACAGAACUCCUUCUCGACAUUUUGUUAAGAAAAGCGACCCCAAAGAAGAAGCCCUGGCCAAACUCAAAGACAAAGGACCAGUGCCACAACAGAAGCAGUGGAGAGUCAGUAAACUUUAACCACAAACACAAAUAUUUCAAAAAAUUGAUCUGAUUUUUCUGCAAUCUUAAGAUUUGUUUUUUCUAAAGAAUUGCUAGGGAUUUUGCUAAAUUUUCCACUUUCUCUAGCCUCAGAAACAGUGGGUGCCUCCUCCUGCUGUAGUCAAACCAAAGAGGGAGCAGCCUCCUCCUCGUCCCAGGACCCCGUCCCCUGAACCCCCUUCUCCCACCAACAGUGGUCCCCGUGUUAUCUCCAACAGCAUGAGAGAGAAACAGCGUUCCCUGCGGGACCUCUUUGUCGUACAGAACUCCCCAAGUGCUCCACCUACUCCCCCUGACUCCCCACCACCUCCCUCUCCUCCUCCACAGCCAGCUCCUGUCCUCCAGACCAUCCCAGACCCCCCUCCAAUGGCUGCCCCAACACUCUGUAGGGGUCCUAAAACAUGUUUUCUGCACAUUAUGAUAAAAACAGGAAAAUAUUUGAGCACAAUAUUUUCUUACCUCACCUUACAUUUAUUUAUUUUAUUUAUUUUUUACAUUUUCUAGAUCAAGAAGUUUACCCAGAUAACGAUGGCGCUCGCUCACAGCUCCACCGUUUCUCACCGAGCACCCACUUAUCUUACUCCAACAUGCCGGUGAAACUGUUCCUGAGAAAAGAGGUAAGACACACUUUCUUUUUUACAUUUCUGGUUCCUGUUCUUUGUAAACUUGUCCUAAUAGUUUUGGCAAGAGCUGUCACAAUAUUCUGAUUUUGCUGGUAAUCAUCUUUAUAACAAGACAAAGUACUGAUAUCACGCUAAAAAUAAUUUAAUGGUGGUUUAAUGUGUUAUAACUGUUAUCAACUCACUGACAAUGUCCACACAGAUAACGCAUCAUAGAUAUAUUUAUGAUGUGUUAUAAUUUGCUUAUAAACUCAUAACACUUUAUAGCAACAAGCAUAACACAUUAUAAAACCUGACCUUGUAAGUCAUGAUAAAAAGCUUUAUAGUGUGUUAUGAUUAUUGCUAUAAAGCAUUAUGAUCAUCUAUGAGUGUUUGUAACUAUAGUUAUACACUGCUACAACGUGAUUAUAAUGCAUUAUACAUAUAUUUAUAAUGUGUCAUAGAGAUAGGCGUCAAGUGAAGUGUUACCAAAAUUUCUGAAUUUAUUGUAACUCAAAAUGACUCUUGCAGUUACUAAUUAGUUGAACAUUUUUACUUUCUAACUUUCAGAAUUGAAUAAUAACUUAAACUCUACAGAAAGUAGUUUAUAUUUCAAAAUAAAAGCAUAAUUUCACAAGGUAGGAAAUUAAGCACACAUAACGUGACAGAAAAAGUAUCAAAAUAAAAGCAUGAUGAAAAGUUUGUUUAUAUAGCAAUAUCAUCUCUGAAGAUGUUCUGGAUACACAACCAGUGAUGGGGAUAAAUGUAAACAUAAUUAGAAAUUAACAAUGACAUGUAUUAUUUUUUGUUUAAGCUAGCCAAGUAUUCAAGAUAUCAUGACGGCCCAAAUUCUGAUCGUCUGCGUUGCUGUCUUUUCACCGGAAAGUGUAAGUUUUAUUUUGAAAGUUCUCAUCACUGAUCUUAAGUAUCAUUGAUCUGUCUUUUCAGGUGUUUUACCCCAGAGAGACGUUCAACAAGCCCUACAUCCUCAAUCUGUUAUGUGAGCAGGUAAAUUCACGUGCAUAUAUCAUCAUAUUUGUCUUGAUAAAAUUAAAUAUGCUGAAAGAUCAAAUUAUAAUCCGUCAUUUAUCUACAGUAACCACUGAUAAUCUCCGCUGUACAGCAGAAUCAAUUACAGUAAUGUGUUUUAGAUCAUGAGAGACACGUACUCUGACAGCUGUGAGAGGAUCAACAAAGAGGAGAGGAGGAAGAUGAAAGACCUGCUGGGUGAGUCACUGAAUAUACUGUAAAGCUAAAUGUAAAAGAUUAAACUAAAUCAAGGGCACCUGUGACAUUUAUGGUCAAAUCUAGAGACUCACCGGUAUCUGUUUUGCACUUGCUUAGAGGUAAAGUUAGAAAAAAUAAAUCUGCAAAAUCAGAUUAGGCUCUCUUUCUCAAAACUGUCAUCCCUCAUGUGUGAAAACCUGCCUUUAUGCUACUCCUGUGCAAAUAGGGAGUGACCCAUCAGUUUUCAAUAGCUACAGGCCAAUCUCAAAGACUAUUGAAGUAACAAAAAGUCAAAUGUUUUAACAGCAGAGGGUUGCACCUUGAGCUCUUUCACAGUAACUAAAGGAGUGCCUCAAGGAGUGUCUCAAGGGUCUAUGUUGGGACCUCUGCUAUUUAUUCUUCAUAGCAGUAGCAUCAAUCAAAGUGUCAUUUCUGCUGUUGCAGCUGAAGCUACACAGAUGAGAAUACAACAAUUUGCAGGUUCAUGGAGUUUAUUGCAGUAGACUGAUCAAAACAAGGUGGUGUUAUGAUUAUAUAGCAUUACCACUGAAGGGACAUUGCAUAAAACCAGCUCACACCAAUGCCGAACUGUUAUCAGUUUACCUAACCCUUUCCCUUGUGCUGCCAAUCUCACCAAAAACAGGAAAGUCCCACUUCUUAUCAGGCCUGUGCAGACUCCCGGUGACACUCCCCACAGGUCACAGCUCAGGGAACUUAAACAAUAAAGGCUAUCAGGCAAAAAACAAGAUUUCUGAGUGACAUGGUCUCCAUAACAGUCCAUGUAAACACUGGCCUGCAUAUUCGCCAACACAUAUGAUUUUAACUCAAUACUUUGCAGAUGACACUGUUAUGUACUGCUCUGCAUUGACUCCCAACCAAGCUCUUUCCAAGAUAGUUUGGUUUUUAACACUAUUUAACAAAGAUUUUAUUCUGGCUAAAUAAAGGUUAGAUUGAAAAAAGACACUUGCAGAAACAUUUGAUAUUUAUGAGUUUUCAACUUUCCUACAAGUGAUCUGAUCCUUUCCUUUCUGUAGCGAACUUCAACGUUGGAACGACUAUCAGCACCGUCGAGAAUGACCACAUGAAGAAGAGGAUCGUCAUGGCUGCUCGAGACAACUGGGAGAACUACUUUUCCCGCCUGUUUCCAGUGAAGGUGAGCAUGACAGAAUGCAGUCCAGGUGUGAUAAUGUAUUUAUUAAUGUAUUUAUUCUCUUUUUAUUCAAGAUGAUGGUAAAAUUCUGGAAGGGAUUUCUUGUAUUUGUAGCUUGAUGUCCUAAAAAGGUCUUAAAAUCCUGUGUAAACACUUAAGUGCCUCUUAGACUUCUACAAUUGUAUUCCAUUUACUUGUAUAAACAACCAUCCUCUCUGCGUAUAUGUGUGUUGCAGACAGACAGCGGGGACGCUGAGGUGUUGGGUGUGUCUCAUCGCAGCAUCCGUCUCCUGAAGUUGGUCAGAGCUUCAGGCAUCAACCCAAAAUACCUCCAUCAGCUCAAGAGCUACAGGUAACAUGCAGCUUUUGAACAUUAAUGGCAUAGAUGACAACCCCAACUCUAGAAAAGUUUGGUGUUGAUAAAAACAGAUUGUAAGAUUUAAAAUUUGUUUAGAGUCGGUGUUUGAUUGAAAAGAGUGCAAAGAAAAUCAUGUAUUUAGUGUUUGGUUUGGAGGUUUUUGUUGAAAUAAAAUAAUAAAUUCACUGAUAAACUUUCAUGGUUCUCUGCAUUAUUUAACCUCUUCUCUAAAAGGCCUAGAAAAGCUGUAGUAUUCAUCUUAAUUGUCAUGCACAGAACACUUACCUAUGGUUUGUAUGAACACAGUUUUGCAGAGCUUCUGUCAGUGAAACUGCAGGAUACGGACAAAGUGGAGCUGGAGCUCACAAAUGAAAAGUUGGUGUUGCGGUCGUCCAGAGCUCCUCAGAUCACCACCAUGAUCCACUUCUUCCUCCAGGAGCUCAUCAGGGUACUUCUUUACUUUGUAAUCAUCAUUAUCCAUCUUCUCUUCGAUAAUUUUGAGGUUAUUUUUCUCAUGUGAGUCUGUCUCUCUGCUCUCCAGGACUCUGGCCAUGUGGUCGCUCUGAAGAGUUAUAUGACUGAUGACAAAAGUCUGCUGAGCUUCAAAAGGGGUGACAUUAUCAAACUGCAGCCGAUGCAAGGACUGCAGCCAGGUAAACUACAUAUCUGGAUGUUAAAUGUUAAUUUUUGAUCAAUCCAAGAGUUGGGAUUUCUGAUCAGUGUGAGGUCUUUACUUCAAAUGUUUAUCAACUUAAAAGAUUAAAGUUGAUAAACCUUAAUAACUGUGCUGAGCUGUAUCUGAGUGCACCAUAAAUGCAACCAAGUUGUAUUUAUGUGUGCAUCAAAUUUUCAGCAGAUUUCCAAUCACUGUCUAAAAUAUAUUUUGAUUUUGAAAAUUCUGAUUUGAAUAAAACAAGACAUUUAUUGAAAGAGGCUUCAGUAACUGUGGGACGUAUUAAGGACUUAAGUUUUAUUUGUCACUGUGGAUGUUUUUAGAUGACUAAUUUCUUGGUUAUUUAAAUAAGAAUUAAAAUUUCAACAUUUUUUAACACUCUGAAAACUACGGAGCCCUUCUGGUGACAUUGGAGAAAAAAAGGUAAUGCGUGGCCACACAUUAUUAUCUUGCGGCCACGAGAUAAUUCAACUUAAGUAGCGGGCUCUGCCAGGGGGAUUUAGAGGAAGUUUGUUUGAUUCUUGGAUCUUUGGACCCUGACGCCUCAGCCAUCUGUCUAUCCAGGACACUAAACCUACCCUCAUUCAUUCAGCAUUAACAACACUGACAUGUCCAGCUUCAGGUAGUCCACUGUCCCUGUGCACUUGAGUCAAUGCAGGUGUCGAUCUAAGGGACUAAUCAAGUUUACAUUUACAGAGUUUUGUAAAGUUGGAAAGAUAUUCACAGAUUCGGACUUCCGGGAUCAAUAACUCUGAGACGAAACGUUGUCCAAACACAAACAAUGCCUCUUUCAUAUCGUAAUAGCACAGACUACUAGCUACAAGAAUCAAAAACUGGCUUGUUGCAAAAACAAGCCGUUCUUCGAGCUGGAUGAAUAAUAUUGAUCUCUAUGCACAGCUGGUACCCGGGCGAGUGUGCAGGGACUGUCUGCAAGUUGCAAUAGAAGAGCAAGACACUGCAAACAAAAAUCAAUAGCUCCACUGCCAUACAGUACAGUAAUAUUUGUAAUAUUUGUGUUUGCACCUCCAGGCUGGCGUUUUGGCUCUUUGGGAGGACGCUCCGGUCUUUUCUCAGAGGAACUCACCCAGCCGUCUGCAGCCCCAGACUACCACUGCCUGCACCUGAUUCAAAGAGAAGACAGGAGGAAAAGCAUGAGGAGCAGCAGAGCGGUCAGUGCACAAAAAGGCCUGACUUCAGGUUCAAUCUUCAGACAGCCUGCCAGCAGCACUGUACCAGAGCAGCCCAACAGAGUGACAGAUGCCUCCAUCCAGGGAUCAGAGAGGGGCUCUGUGUAUGAGCUGGAGGUCCUCUCAGUCAUGGCUGAGUUUGCAAAGAAGUACUUCAGGUAUGACGGCUGAAUUCUAGGUAUAGUUGUUCACUUGAUUUAGCUGAUCUAGUAUCCAUGAACAUUAUGGUCUCAUUCUGUCUGUCUCUAUUAUUUGAUCAUUUCAGAAUCAGCACUUUCACAGACAUUGGGAAAGAUUUUAUGGAGGCUGUUCAGUACACAGAGGUAAGACAGAAUAAGCUCUUUGACCACAAUCAUUACAUAGACAGUUAGAUGUGUCAGCCUCCAUGUCAUUCAAAAUCACCAUAAAAGCAACCAAGAUGGGUUCAAAUUAUAAGACCUAAAGAAACCUCCUUUUUUAAGUCUGCUAUUAAGAGUCUGUGUUGUAAAAAAUAUUCAUAAAGAACAAUAUAACAAACUAACUCUACUGUGUUUAUGAUCUAGACUCCCAUAAAGGACUCCCUCAUCCUCUACAACGAUCCUGAGAUCACUGGUCUAUCUAUACAGUGCUUCACCAGUGAGUGCUUUCACAAUAACCCAUUAUAACAAAACACUCUACAUCUGUUUUUAUAUCAAUAACACUAUCUGGUCCUCCAGACCUGAUGGAGUUUAUGGGGGACUUACCUAUGAAGAAGAAUCAAAAAGAGGAAGAACGCCUGAAUUACAUCCUGCUGGUCAGUGUUUCUACAACCAGAGUCUCUGACAGGCUGAAUUUAUGUUUAUUCUGUUCGCUUUAAUGUGAUUUAAAAGAAUUUUAUUUUGUUUUGUUCAGUUGGGGAAGGAGAAAGAGAUAAUAAGAGAUGAGAUCUACUGCCAGGUCAUCAAGCAAAUCACCAACAACCCCACCAAGUGAGCAUUUUUUUAGUCUUUUAAAUGACACUUUAAUCAGAGUCUUUAACUGAGUAAGAGCAGGAAAGAAUAAAAAUGGGUACAAAAAUACACUGAAUAUCAGUAGCAAAAAAGCUGAGCAGAAAGCAGGCAUUCAUCUGUUUCUCGAUUUUCAAUGAGAAGUGAAAGUCUUAGUUUACUUCUGAGUAUUUAAUUGUGCUUUGAUUAUAAAAAAAAGGAUAGAGAGGGAAGAAGCAGCAGACUGCGAAUGAGUCCUCUGAAAGUUAUUUCAAAGCCAGUAAUUAAGAUUUAUUAUGAUUUCCAAAACAAACAUUAGAGUUUGUGCCUCUUCAGGCUACAAAUGAAUUGCACAUUUAUACUUUCUGACUUUUCUUUUUACUUUUUUUUAUUUAGUUCUGUAAUGUAUUACCUACUGGAAAUAGCAAAGGGGCAAUGAAGCUAUCAAAAAACUAUCAAAAUAAAAGCCUGACAAUCGAUUGAUGAGGUGGUAUCCUCUGUAAAGAAGUUUUAGUGGCAGUGCCGACGAUACAUCAUAAAUCUGAAUAUUAGUAGAAAUGGAUCAUGACAAGUGAGGUAACUGCAUUCAGUUGUUAGGUUUAUGAAGUGAUGUGUCGCUCCACCCCUCUCUUUUGCCUAACCUCAAUUUCAAAGAUUGCGUUGUUUGAUUUUUGAAGUUUUCCAUAAAUAUCAGGACAACAUCAUGAUCAGAAUAUUUGAUGGCCAUGAUAAUCAUGAGGUCAAAAUCUGGUAUGGUGACAGUCCUGGUGUGCACACAAUAAUGACCUGCUCCUAAAACAUAAUGUGCACAAGUUUAUUCUGUAUGCACAAAAUAAUUAUCUAGCUCCUCCUAAUCAUCAUCCUGUUGGAAAUAGUUGGUCUCUUGUAAGCACAUGAUAUUUAUGUGUAAUAUAAAAACAUUUCCUGUAGGUUUUAGGGGCUCAAUAAAAGAUUUUUAUUCACUCACGUAACACUUUAUUGCAGAUCUAAAGGUCAAUUUGAGCAUAAAGAAUUGUAGCAUUGUUACCGUUGGGUAAAGUUAUUAUUAGUGCCUCAACAAUUUAGCCAUUAAAAAUCAUAGGAGAGAAACACAGAGUGGGAACUAAAUCAAAGCAGCUGCGGGAAGGCUCAUGAACUUCUGACAUUUUUUGUUUUAUUUCUUACUUGUGUGCAUCUCUCCUCAGAGCGACCUGCACUCUGGGCUGGCGGCUGCUCAAUCUGGUGACGGGGUUCUUCCCCUGCUCUAGUACUCUGCUGCCAUAUGUCUCACAGCAUCUGCAAGACAUCACUCAGGACUACGAUCACCCGUACCAAGGUGAAGACACACAAGCGAGUUAAACAAACAUGGAAAAAAAACAACAACAUUUUAAUUUAAAACGAAUGACUAUUUAUUCAGAUUUAACAGCCUUUGAACACAAAUCUAAUGAGUUCUGUUGUCCUCAGAGCUGGCAAGUGUGUGUCUUGAGAACCUUCAGCGAUCUCUCAAUUUUGGCGGGCGGCGUAACAUCCCCUCACAUAUUGAGAUGGAGGCCAUUAUGGCAAGUUAACCUUCACACUCAAUCGAGUUUUUCAACUUUUACUUUCUACAAUUUCCUCCCUUUUCUUUAAACUUACUCUGGACGUGUCUCGCCUUUUUACAGGCUGGAAAAACCUCCCGUCGUCUCCCCAUCGAGCUGCCAGGAGGAGUCAGCUUCCCCGUGAAGAUACGCAGCUUCAGUGUAAGAAUUCAUUGUUCAUGCUAAUCUGUAAACCAAAAACAGCACUGCCUUUGUUGAUUAUUAAAACAACUGUGGUUUUAAUUCUGCUAUAUACCUCUAGAUGGCAGCAGAUGUGGUGGCAGAUAUCUGUAAAGACAUGGGAAUCCUUGAUCCGGCAGAAAUCAAAGAGUUCUCUAUUCUCGUCAACAAAUUUCAAGGUAAACCAAACUUUUCUAAUUGAUAUAGAAAGCACGGCUAGACUCAUGGAUAAAUGUUUCGAAACUAUGCAGACUGGCUUGAAUAAAAAACAGUUAUUUUUUAAGAGUAGUUGAAGGAGGCUUUCAGAAAGAGAUUUAAAAUAGGACGCCAGGGGCCCUAUCAUUUGGAACAACAUUAAGGUGGCCAUUACAGUUCACAAUGCACCUUCCUUUGCUUUUUAAACCCCAAACAGGGGCACUAAGCAGAGCUCCAACUCACAGUUCAGUAUCUGUGUUUUUGCUUAUUCAGAAAAAUUGAUGCAGGAUUUUUUCUUCUUCUCUGUGUAUCAUUCUACUGUUAUUUAUAUGAGAUGAUCUUAGGAUGCCAGAAGAUAAGGGCACCCCCAAUACUACCUCUCCAUUCAACUCACCCUAUUCCAAAAUGAGACAAGCACAGAUUAAGUCUGUGUCUAACAAAUGCUGGAUGUUUAUUACCCUUGUAAUGUUUCUCAUGCAGACAGCAGCCCCAUGCAUGAAUGGAAAAAACACACUAUUUGACAAGCUGCAGUAGCUGAAAUUCAGAAAGGAUCAAUGUGUCCUGUACAUAGACUGUAUAUAAAAUGGAUGCCGUCUGCCUCCUCACUGGGUGAAGCCACUCCAAGAACAGCACCCUCUGGUGACAGGCUGCAGUAUAGGUCAUAAAUCCCACCUCCUCCAGCAAUCCCCAUGGAGCUGUGGACAAAUGUUAGAAAUUUAUUACACAGAAUAUAAAUUUUUCUCCCCCCUGGUUUCGAUGUUGACAUGUAGUUAUUGUAAGACUGGUUUGUGCUCAAGCCAUUUUUUUUUCUGUGCAGCUCCAUUUUUAAAAGUUAUCAGGGGGUUCAUGUUUUCUAUGAUUGACACUUGAUACAGCCUAUGUGCGUACGAAGAUUGGGUAGCUCACCUGGAGGAUACGCUGUUUGAGCCGAGCGUCAUCACAGCGACUCUCCCGCCAACUGCGUACAAUGCUACUACGCAAUGUUGGUUUCAGGAAAGAAGGAAAAAAAAUCACAGAAAUAUCGAGAGCUGUUCAGCCUCAAAUUCGUAUACUGUUUCUGUAAGCAACUAAGUUGUCCAUACAGUCUAUGGUCCUGUAGUUAUGUCAAGUAGAGGUCAGCUACAUGAACUGGAGUCUUAAUAAAAGUGAACCCAGACCCAUCUUUUCCAUCUCGGCACAGUUGUUUGGUGUCAGCUCAGACAGCUCUUUUGUAAAAGGAGGAAAUUCAUUCACUUCUACCUGAUAACUUGAAAACUAUUGCAAACUUUAUUGCUUUUAUGAGCACCGUCAAGUCCUGAAUUCAUUCAGUAACAAACCUUUGAUUUUCUAACUAACAGUUUUAUUUUAUUUCAUUUAACAAAAACUGUUUUAGAGGUGGUUGAUCCAAACAAGUAUCAGCAAUGAACACUGACAAUGACAUUUGCAUAGCAUAGCUAUUUUUAGUUUGUCUGUUUCUAUCAUAUCCUUACCUGACAUAGAAACCAUAGAUAAAUGAAUAGUAAGUCAGGAUGUGUGUCUUGUGCAUGUUUCUGUAAAUUUUGGAAGUCACUUUCAAACUUCUGCUCUGUUCCAUCUUAAAUUCUUUUUUAUGUCUAUUCUAUGCUUGUUUUUUCUUUGAGGGAUUUUAUAACUGCCAACAACUUGAAUAACUUUUUUAUACAUGACAAAAGGAGGGUCUGAUCUCACUCCUCCUCUCUCCUCUGUCAGAUGCGAUGUCACGUCCCCUCCAAGCUGAGGAUUACGUGUCUGACUUUGUGCUGGACGACAGCUCCAUCUCCUUUUCCCUGAGAAGACUGACAUGGAGAAACCCGCUGAGCUUCAACAACGAGCUCUAUGUGGAGUUCCACUACCAGCAGGUGACAAAACCAGUUCACAGACAGGAGAAGUAACAGGUUUCAACCCACAGGUUUAAUUUAAGUUUAACAGUUCUUGAUGUGUCUUUUUGUGUGCAGCUCUUGGAUGACUACCUGAGUGGGCAGCUGAUGCUUCCUCCUCCUGCUGCAGGUGGCUCCUCUUCAGUCCUGCAGGUAGCUGAGCUGUCAGCGCUGCAGCAUGUGGCUCAGGGACAGAUUGAACCUCCUUUACCGUGAGUCAAACACACUAAGUGGCAAAGUUUACUUAAAAAUACUUGAAAUUCAUCAGUGGGAACUCAGACUAAAAUUUGAGCACAUGAUCAAUCCCCAAAAUGUAAAGCCAAAACACUUAAAGCUUCUAUGUCACCACAAUGGAUUUCCAUCAAUCAUUGGUAUGUGAUGUUUGUUAAUAGUGUGAAUUUUUUAGAGGAGAAAAGACAGAAAAAUGGUCGGUUAAAACAUGUCAAGUUGAUUCUUGUUAACUUCUGAAGGCCAUAAAAAGGCAUCAGUAUCAGUUUCAGUCUGUUUCCCAACCCGCUAGAAACUCCUUGUAGUACCUUUAAAGAAACCCCUAAAGCUAACACGGGAUUUAGGCUACACAGCAUAAAAAAUAAAAUGUAUGUUACUUGUAAAAUGUGCUUCAGUGUAUCAGCUGCUACAAAAAAGGUGAUUGACAGAGAUGUGUCUAAAGUAUAAUUUAUUUAUUAGAAAAGAGAAGAAAAAAUAUACAAGGGCCUAGGUCUAAAAUGUGAGAGGAAACCCUUACUGAGUGACUAAACUGAAUAUGAGUUUUUGUGUAUUAUUAAGUGUUUGGUUGGUUUUGUGUUUCAGGGAGGAGAUGAGGAGGUACCUGCCAAAAUUGGAUGGGCUCGAGAGUCAAAUGGGGGAGAUCCUGUCCUUCUGUGAGGGACAGUUAGCCGCCAUGCAAGCCCUCCAUCCUCAAGAUGCCAAAGUACAGUUCAUUGGUGGGUGCUGCUUCAUCUCUUUAUUCCUCCUCUCUCUUGUUUACUCCUCUUUUCUUUUGUCUGUCACAUUAUACCUAAAUUCAUCUUAUCUCUGUCUCACAGAGGUCCUAACUACCCUUCCCAUGUUCGGCUCCAACAUCUUCCUGGCCAAGAAGGUCAGCCAGCGUGGCUGUCCAUCUCCAUGCAUUGUCAGCGUUAGCCAGGAAGGGGUGCUGUUUCUCAACCCCAAAACACAGGUAUGAACAUUAGGCAUUGAACCUAAACACCUAAGCAAAUUCAAAAUGACCAAUAUUGACAAAAGUGCUUUACAAGGCAAAAAUUCAGUGCUGAGGUCUUGAGCCUCUAAAGAGAGCAUUGUUGGGUUUGUUGUUAGAUGUAAAAAUAUCUGGCGCUUUAACAAACAGCUUUAUCUUUAAAAAAAAAGGUCCUGAUUGUGGACUGUACAUGGCUCUUUCCUCAUUUUCCUCGAUUCUUCCUUCUCGUUUUUCUUGUACAGGAACAAGUCUUUCACAUUUCUCUGGCAGAACUUCAGUCCAUGAGAACUGUCCGCCAAAAGAAAAAGAGCAAAGUCCCAGCCGUGGACAUUCACUAUGGAAAUCCAGUCCGUCCCAAAAAAGUCACAAUUCAUCUCCAACAGGUAACAACUCACACCGUGGACUACAAGUUAAAGUUAUUAUACAACCUGGGUCUGCUUUUCAUAUUCAGAUUAACCAACAGUUGGUACGUUAACACUGAAACGGAAGUGGAGAUGUUGUUGAGAUACUGGAAAUAUAAAUUCAAAUCCUGAUGACUGCUGUUUGGCAGAGAGAGAGGUUAAGUCAAUCCAACUGGAGUUGAUAUGUGUGCAAAGGGGUAACCAGGGGUGGCAUGCUCCCAAAUCUUACAUUUUGAUUGGCUAUUUGCCUCAUCAGGGGCAGGACUCAGUGUUUUUGUUGUGCCCUUUUAAAUUUUAAACCACAAAGAGGCUGACAUUUUUGAAACGUUUCCUCUGUUGGUGCUACUUGUAGAAGUUUAAGGCACUCUGAGAAGUUUUCAUGUUGUAAAACAAAAUUGGAUGAAAUUAGUAGGGCUUUUCUGACAUGCAGACUUCAAUUCCCAUGAGCACUUAUCACCCAGUGUGGUAAAAAUUAGUCUCUUGUCAAAGCAAAAAUUUGGAGUAUAGACCUUCUUGUUAAUAAUUCACUUAAAAUAACUUUGUAUAGGAUUCAGUGUGAUAAAGUUAUGUGUUGAUUUGUUAUGUAUUUGCUAUUUCAAGAUUAGGACCUUUAAAAAAUAUACAAAUGAAAUAUGAACUUUAUGUAAAUGUUAGUAGUUCAAGUAGAUAUGAGUCAAGAAAUGGUAAACAAACGCUAUGUGCACACAAACUUCAAAGGUCAAAGGUUACUUUAUUUGUACCCUCAGGUAAAUUUUGUUUGCAGUGACUCACAUGUGUGACAGUAGAGAAACAAACAGCACAGUACAUGCAACAGGACAUACAUAGAAAGUGACAAAAGUGCUCCAGGGUAAGAGAUUAAAAUGAAUAAAACCAAAUAAAAACCAACAGCUCUCAAGGUUUCUUUCUCGUGUUAAUGUGCCCAAUUGCUGAUGGAAUAAAACUAUUUUUGCACCGCUUGGUUUUACAGGCUGGUACCUUGAGCCCCCUGCCUGAUAGGAGCAGCUUAAACUCAGCAUUGGGAGGCUGGGAGCCAUCAUUUAAGAUGGAACCAGAUGUCCCCUGUAACUGACUAGUAUACAGGGAUGGUAGAUAGAGCUGGGACUCUCCAAUCAGCCUGCCCGCCUAUUUCACUAUUUGGUUCAGGCAGUUUUUGAGACAAGUUCCCAAACCAAGACACAAGACAAAAGGACAAAACAGUUUCAACAAGGUCAGCAUGGUUCUGUCUUUGUGGAAAGAUGACAGUUUCCUCAAACAGUACAGGCGCUGGUGUCCCUUUUUGCACACAGCUUUAAUCUCUGAUCAUCUCUGAUUUUGUUCCUCUGUGUCCUACAGCCGAAGAAGUUCUGCCACAUCCUCGCUGUGAUGAUGGAAGAGCUGAUGCAGCCGUCAGUCAGCAGCUCGUUCUCAGACCGACUGUAACAGGACAGGGACCUUAUGUUGAUCACUGCCUCUAUAUAAACCUUUUAAUUUAUCUUUUAUUUUCUGUGUAACUUUAACAAAAUGGGCUGAUAAGAAACACAAAUAUGCACACAGACAUUCUUGUGUUCAUUUUGAGGGUGGAAAAAUGUGACAUUGUGAUCAAAACUGGAGAGGAAGUGGAAGAGAUGAGAGUGAUUCACCAGGUGUUGUAUGAAUGAAUCAGUGUUUUAAAAUUGUUCCUUUGUGAGUUUAAAUCCAUGGCAAUGAUUUUAAAGUUUGUGAAUGAUUAUUUAAAAGAAAUGUUUUAAUAAUGUUGUGUAAUAUAAGUUGAUGAUUUAUAAGCAUUAAACAAACAUGCUGAUUCAUUGAA